GCCGGCCGGCCGCCUCAGAGCCGCGCUCGCCGCGCCUCGCUCAGCCGCCGCGGACGCUUCUUGUGCUGGGGGCUCCGCGAGUCCGGGGCCGAGAGGGGGCAGCGCGGACGGGCAGGAGCCGAGCGGAGCGGAGCCCGUCCGAGCGGGGAGGUAAGCGGGGCGAGGAGCGGGGCGAGGAGCGGGGCUUGGCGGGACUGCGCGCCCCGGGCAGCGCCGCCUUCCCAGGAGCGCCCGCCAGUUCCGGGUCCCCGGUGGCCUUUUUGGGCGGCGGCGGCCAGGCAGCCGGCCCCCACAGCUCCGCGCCCGCCCGCUGAAGGCUGCCGAGUCCGACCGGCGGGCGGGAGAGGCGCCGGCAGCCCCAGCGCGCGCGGGUUGCGCCUGCUGCUGCUGCCGCCUCUGGGCGCCCGCGCUGGGGCUGCCGCGCCUGGGAAGGCGCUGCUGGCUGGCCGCCUCCCGGGCUGCAAAGCGAAAGCGCAGAGGCAUGCCGGGGCCGGCGGAGGAGGGAGUCGGCGCUUUUCCCUGCUGAAGUUGGCGUCUAAACAUUGCCGGGCUUUGCCUCUGACCGCCCUCUUCGAGGAGAGAUUCCGGCUGCCGGCUCGCUGCUGCUGCUGCUGUAUUUGAGCCCAGGCUCUCGGAGCUCGUGGAGCGGUCGAAACAAGCAGGCGCCUGCAUACGAGGAGAGAGAGGGCAUUCUUUGAAAUUGCGGGAGCCUUCUUGCAUUUAAAGGGACGGAUCCCUGUGGACCUCUUGCUCGGAGAUGUGCACCCUUCUGCUCUAAUAGAUCUUGCUUUAAAAAGCCGACUCCCUUUCUGCCCCUCAACCCCAGAGAAAUCUGAAAGAUUUUGCUGGCAAAUAAACAGCCUCUUCCUGCAAACAGAAACUGCGCACAUACACGAGGGGGGUGGAUGGUGCCGCCUGGGGGGGAUGUGUGGAUGUGAUGGGGGAAUCUUUAGGUUCUUCCUAGUUAUGGCUUCUAGAUUUUUCUGGUGUUUUUCUAGGUGCUUCAGUGUUACGUAAUAGAUCUUGAAAACUGGAGUCUGUGUCAGACUCGCUGAGGACCCCCUUCUCUUUCCCCUUCCGUUGCAGUGUUUAUCUUUCAUUUUCUGGGGAAGAAGGUUCCUGAGAAGCAGCAACUGAGGAUCCUUAUGCAUGUGUUUCACAAGGGAGAAUAAAUUAUGCACCUUCCCUGGAGAUAGCAGGUGCAAUGGAAAUGAUUCACACUGGAUCCUUCGGUUCCACUUUCUGAUUUCAUUCCCGCCAGAGGGAGAGCAAUAUUUACUCAUUUCCUCAGCAUGUUGCUGUCUGUGCACAGCACCUGAUCUGGGCUGCAAUCCUCAGACCUGGCCAUUUCAGAGCAAGCCCCUUGCAUUAGUCAGGAAGAUUGCAGAGAGAGGAAGCUGGAGGGCUGGGACAAACCCCCAAAGCACAGGGGCUCAGGUGGUCUUGUGUCCUCUGCAGCAGGGGGGAGGCAAGAUCUGUUGGCACACAGUCCCUGAGGCCCCUUCCCUGAAUUUUCUGCUUUCAUUCUUUUACAGCCUUUUGAUUUACACAAGUCAAUAGAAGGGAAAGGCAGGCAGGCAGGAUUCUACCUUGUUAUACAGUAACACCGCCCCCACUUCUGCCUUCUAGUAGGCUGACCAGUGAGGACAAAAGCACUGAGGUGACUGGAACUAUAUCUUAGUAAAUAACUGUAAAGGAUAAAUAUAUCAUAGAAUCAUAGAAUCAUAGAGUUGGAAGAGACCACAAGGGCCAUCGAGUCCAACCCCCUGCCAAGCAGGAAACACCAUCAGAGCACUCCUGACAUAUGGUUGUCAAGCCUCUGCUUAAAGACCUCCAAAGAAGGAGACUCCACCACACUCCUUGGCAGCAAAUUCCACUGUCAAACAGCUCUUACUGUCAGGAAGUUCUUCCUAAUGUUUAGGUGGAAUCUUCUUUCUUGUAGUUUGGAUCCAUUGCUCCGUGUCCGCUUCUCUGGAGCAGCAGAAAACAACCUUUCUCCCUCCUCUAUGUGACAUCCUUUUAUAUAUUUGAACAUGGCUAUCAUAUCACCCCUUCACCUCCUCUUCUCCAGGCUAAACAUGCCCAGCUCCCUUAGCCGUUCCUCAUAAGGCAUCGUUUCCAGGCCUUUGACCAUUUUGGUUGCCCUCCUCUGGACACGUUCCAGUUUGUCAGUGUCCUUCUUGAACUGUGGUGCCCAGAACUGGACACAGUACUCCAGGUGAGGUCUGACCAGAGCAGAAUACAGUGGCACUAUCACUUCCCUUGAUCUAGAUGCUAUACUCCUAUUGAUGCAGCCCAGAAUUGCAUUGGCUUCUUUAGCUGCCGCGUCACACUAUCUUGUGUUUUGAUGUGUCAUGCCCUAUCUGGGUGUUCAGAACCACAUCACAGGAAGUGUGUGGGGGGGGCUGCGCAUGUCUGCACUGUGUCCCAACAACCCCCUUCCCCCAAACUGCUGUCUGUGUCUUCAGUUGGGUCUGACCCUCUGACUUGGAGGAUCUUUGUACAAGUAAAAUAAAUGAUGGCUUGUUGCGGUUAUCUGGGUGCUAAGGAGAGCCACUCUGCACAAGCUCAGAAUCUCUAUUAUUUCAGGACAGUUGCAGCACUGGAAAACCUCUGGAGAUUAGAUUAUUUUUAUUCUGCCUGUUACAGUUGUGGCCUGGUGCUUGCUAAGGUGGCGAAACCUGUGCCCGAAGGGUACCAUUUUAUAGUGUAGGUGGAGGCUCGUUUAAGGAAUGCAUUACCUGCACAUAGAAAACUGGUAUAUCAAGGAGAAAACGAGCCUAGAGCCCUUCUCUCAUUGGCAUGUUGGUUUUCUGUGUGCUAUUAACCACCUGCUUGGUUUGUUCAUAGGGAAAGAAGAACAGUUUCUCAGAACUUUGUAAAAUUAAAAACUUUGCAGUCGAUGAAUCUAUUACUAGGGAGAUCGGAGUAACCAAAAUUACAUUCUUAUGCCAUUUCCUUAAUCUUAAUACAGAUUAGUUUUUGUCUACAUGGACAAAGUGGUUCCUCCACUCUUUCAAAUGACACUCAAGUGUGGUAGUUCUGAGUUCUAUUGUCUAUUGUGUCUGGAGACAAUAGUUAUUUCAGAGAGCUGAAGAGUGAUCUAAGAUAGGCAUCAUUGCCAAUGGUGUGCAUGCUCAUCCCACUGUAAUGUCUCUUCAUAGGUUUGUAACUUUUGGGGGGUAAUUCAGAAACCUACAAACUCUUUUUAACCAGAGACAACGCUGGGUGCUUCCAUGCCUGCCUUUCAUGUGAAAUUGCUAUAUGUACUAACUUUUAAUGAAGUAUCCCAUGAAGCCUUCAUCCAAUCAUUGUCUUCCUGCAUUUUCCCCAUGGUGCUUCCACCUUUUCCCAGGCAGCAGAAGGUCCUCCUUUUCCCAGAAUGGAAGAGCUUGUGCUGUCUACAAAGUUCUGGAUGCUUUCAGUGUUACUCUUCCAUAUUUUUAGAAGGGGGGUGGUGACACAUCCAGAAAGGGGGCCUAUUGCAGCUCAGCACACAUUCAUAAUAGGAUUUCUGGCAGGUGCCAUUUCAUGACCAUAUCUAACUAGGCCUAAAUGCAUGCCUCUCUGGUCUCUUUAAAUGAAUGAGAAAAACCGUAAUGCCUUCACAUUACGGUAGUGCACUUGUGUAUGUGAGUUUAUGGUGGGUUUGUUGCCACUCAUGCUUGCAAUUUAGUUUUUGCAGCAUCUCUAUGAUGUCCUGCUCAUCAAAACGCCACCCCACAUCUCCUCCCUUUAAUUCAGAUUUAUCAUUUCUGCAGGUUGGUUUUUUUUUUUAAAAAUUAGGUAUUCCUCAGAUUUCAAUGGGGAAGAAAAUGGUGUGCCAAUUUGUUGAGGGUGUUACUGUGUGGACACUGCAAACAAACACGACUCCAGAGUACUGAUGAAUCAACAAUAAACUCACAUAGCUGUAUUCUUAUUCUUAUUUAAAUUAUCUACUACAUGCUCUUGGGCGCAUAGCUCCAUCAGCAUUGAUGCUGAGUCUCAGUGCCACUAUAGAGAAUGCCCUCUCAUGUCACCCCGUACUGUAUCUCUGGGGAUAGAGGUGCAAGCUUUCAAUCUCCUCCUCUGGCCAGCAAAAUACGACGAACAGCACAUGCAAGCUUGUUAAUGUGGUGGGAAUCCAUAAUCUCCCUGAAAAACUGAUCCAUAGGCCCAGGAGCUGAUUACCCACAACUCUCCUCAUCCCUGGCCAUUGGCCAUGCUUGCUGGGCAGCAGCAUCUGAAGAGGCAACUUAAGUACUGGCACUUAGUGAGACCAUAUGAAUGUUUGGGCUCACACCCGCUUUGCCCUGCACUCAGUCCUUUUUGCUGCUGCACUGCGCUGUACCAAGGUUUGGCUUGGCUCAUCAUCCAACUAGGAUUCGUGGUUAAGCUCUCUCCUCACUAAUCGCAAGCAAGAACAAAUGUUCACGAUACUGUACAGCAGCAAAAAGGACUGGGCAGGAGCAAAGGGCCUGCAAGCUGCUCUCCAGGAGUCCUCAUGCUCCUGUAAUCUUGCUAAGCUGCAGUUUGGUGUAGCUCAAUGUGCAAAACAGGCCACAGAGUAGCUAUAAGGAUAAGAGGAGAGAUGCCCAUUUUGGCUGCUUUGAGCUUUAUGGUGGUUACCUGGAACAUUAUUCUUUGCUUGCUAGGACUAUGCAAACUACCAUUUUGCUUUGAAGUGCUCGAAAUUAGUUUUUGCAGGAGCCGAACAAGCGCUACCUGGAACCAAACACAGGAUGUUAGCUCUGUACCUGAAGAUAUUUUGUGCUCUGUUAUCUCAGCCUCAGAAAGGCACCCAGCUAGAGAGGGAUGGUUAUGUAGGAGGGGAGAAGUGAUGCAGCAUGUGAGCAUGAGACAUGUACAAACAAAAUUGUUUAGAGAAAGCUGUCAUGACGAUUUCUCCCGAGAACAGGGAGCCACCUACCUGCCCAUCAGCUGAUAUAGAAAUAAUGUCUGGUGACUUUCCUGUCCUGCAUGUGUCUUGCAUAGUGCUCUGUGAGACCCUCUGAAGAAGCCCCUUUCAAAGCAUGGCAGAAGCUAGAACUCUGAAAGGGGCUUCCCAAAUCCCACCCCUUAAUUGUAGUCUCUUCCUAAGUCCCUUUCCUUCUUGGCCAGCGCCUUGAAAGGGACUUAAGCAAGACUCGACAAUCAGCUGAUCCUAGAGAGUCCACUCUCCAUUUACCCCCCUUGUUUUGUGUCUCUGUGUGCAUUUUUUUAUCAUUGGUUAUCUUGGUGCUGAGAUUUGCUAGCAUAGGUAGAUGACUGAAUAUGUAAUUAGGAUCGGUGUCUUGAAGAGGAGGGAGAAAGGUUGUUUUCUGCUGCUCCAGAGAAGUGGAUCCAAACUACAAGAAAGAAGAUUCCACCUAAACAUUAGGAAGAACUUCCUGACAGUAAGAGCUGUUCGACAGUGGAAUUUGCUGCCAAGGAGUGUGGUGGAGUCUCCUUCUUUGGAGGUCUUUAAGCAGAGGCUUGACAACCAUAUGUCAGGAGUGCUCUGAUGGUGUUUCCUGCUUGGCAGGGGGUUGGACUCGAUGGCCCUUGUGGUCUCUUCCAACUCUAUGAUUCUAUGAAUUGCAAAACAUGGCUUGCAUAUUCUGCAUCUCACUGCACCAUUUGAUUCCUGUUUUCUAUAAAGUCCUGAAACAUUUAACGCUAUCCUAUAUUAGAAUGCUAACAGUAGCAGUUUGGAGACUUGAGGUCACAUUUACCCCUGUGAUAUUGGUAUCUAUCACAGGAUAGAUGAUCCAUCUGUACAGUACUGUUGCUUGUUCUCAGGCUUGCAAAUAACCACUAGCCUACUUGCCUGCUGGAGUGAAAGAAUAUUUUCCAGCCAACCAGGUUAGAAAGCUUUUGUAAAUGAGAGGGCAGUUUAUUCUUCUUUUAUUUUGGGCUGUCAAAAGGACCCAGCAUAGGUGUGCAUGAGCUGGUGUGUUAGGAAAGCUGCCUUGUGCCUUUGCAUUUACUCCUGAGAAUAGAUGCAGGCCUUUGCUAUGUUUUGCUCUACCUUGGUCUGACCAUUGGAGUUGUUUUAUAUGUCAUUAUCAGCCCCAUUUCUGUUCCUCCAAGCAGCUGAGAAUAUAUGGUCAGGUCAGCUGAUUUAUUUAGGCAGUUUUGAGCUUCUUUCCUCUUGCCUCAGAAUAAUUCCUGUGUGUUUUGGAAAGAGGCCAGUAAAGUCCAUAUAGCAAAUUGCUAUGAUGCUGCCAUUUUUACUCUUACUUGCAAUGUACUUUUUAAAUUAAUGUGCUUUAUGUAUUAUUAGCUUCUUCUGUCUGAAAGAUACUUUUUAUAGGCAUUUAUCAGCAUACAUACUGUAUGGUGGAGUUUAUGUAGGUUGAUUUUUUCUUUUUAUUUAAAAAAAAUAACAUUUAACCUGAAAUUGGUUCCACAGAUUUUGUAUGUAAAUGUGUUAUAUAAUUUCAAAUUUUAAAUGACAUUUCCAUUUUGUUGGAGGCAUGUAGGGAAUGUGUAGCAUUUGAACAGUAAGUUACUUAUUUUAAUUUUAUAAGAAUUUCUGUUACAAAAAUGAGAGAAGACUGGCCAGUUUUUCAAGGAGUCCUGUAGCACCUUGAAGAGUGAACAUUUUUUUGUGGCAUAAGGUUUUUUUGUUUUCUACUUGUAGGGUAGAGUCUGCUUCUGAGAUGCAGUUUUUUCCAAGCUGAAUCAAUGAAGCUUCUGACUGUGGUUUAUUUUUGAUCAGAAUUCACCACAAGACCACAUUUUAGGCAUGUAGGCUCCUUAAUUUAGGAUAGUGACUUGUUUCCUAUUUCCUUCAACAGCCUUCAUAACAAAAAAUCUGACCUGAUUUUGCUAAAACAAGAAACACUACUUUGCUCUUAAUGCCUAAUGAAAAAACCCCAAAAUUUGGCAAGAUAAAAAGUUCACGUGGAUUGUUCAUUAACACUUCCAUACGCUCAAAAAUGUUGGGGUUUUUUAAUUUUAAAAAAAUGAACAAAGGUUCACAAGGACAGGUUAUGGAAAUGCUUGUGUGUGAAAUCAUAUGAAUCACCUGAAAACUACAUGGAUUGGUAGGGUAGCAAGCUAGCUAGGCCAAAAUCAUUAUUCCAUUUGCAGACAGGAGAUACAGAAGAACCCUAGUGACCACAGUAAAGCUGAGGCCCAAUUCACACAUUUUGGUUUUUCUGGUGUACACCUAAGGCCUAAUGUGUGUCUGCAGAUACAUACGUCAUACAUUUGUCAGAUUGCAGCUCCCUUUUGAGCGGCAAAUCCAGGUUUGUUUCUUUGUCAGACGCGAAGCUCCCUUGAGUGUCCCUAUCAGACUUCCAGACAUAGAUACCAAACUAAUGCAGCAUCCCCUGGGACUGUAAGCAUCAACUAUUCAACAGGUUGGAUUCUGACAACCAGUAUUCUUAUCCAGUGGCAACUGGUCACAGCCCUCAUGCAGUUGAACCCAUGAAGAAUUUUGGCCUCCACCAAAGAAUGGCUCCCUUCACUCUUGCUUGCAACAGCCGUGCUCAGCACAGAGUGAGAGAAACAUCCCAGCAGAGGCAGACUUCUCUUAAGACUAUAGGAACUUCUUUGCUGGAUCACAUCAAGGUGCAGCUUUGAGAAGAGUUCUGCUUUCAGCAGUGCCCAGAUGUCUAGAUGCUCACAAGCAAGGCCUCCACUUAUUGCUUGCCUUCAGUAUCACCCCUGAAGAUAAGUCAGGCAUGUCCACUUUCAACUUGUGUCCAGCUCUGGCAGCUGCAAGAACAAACUGGGACAACAGACUGACAGCUGGUUUUGGAUUGCAGGGACCAGACCUGAGAGUCAUCUACAUCAGCCUUGGGUCAUCUGGAAGGGCCAAAUAUUCCAUCAGCUGAUAGGCCACCAAACCAUUAGAAACAUUUCCCCAUCUGACAUUGUCCCACAAUGUGGUGACUCUGCAAAACUACUCCUCCCUUGGAAAGCUGGCCCUUCACCCCGGGUUCACCCCAAGGCACCCUUCAUGCAAUCUUGUCAAGCUUCACCAAAAUUUAAAUUUGGGUAUCAGCAGGACUUUUUUCAGCCCAAACUCACUGGAACUCAGUUUGGCACCUUUCAGAGAAAAAGGGAGGCAGUCGUGGUGAGUUUUGGCACCUCUUUUUCUAGAAAAAUAGCACUAGAUAUCAGAAUUUUAUGGUUUUUAGCCCCCCACCUCAGCUCCACAAUUGGAAAAAGGCUUGCAAACAGGCACUUGCCUGGUCACCUGUGGUGAGUAAGGAUCAGUGGCAAGUACAUGAUCAGGCAGGGAAGUGCUGCAGAUAUUGAUGGCUCUUCUUCUUCAGGCUGAUUAAGGUAAUCACACUUCAGCUUUGUGUUCAUUUCCAUCUCAGUGUUGAAAUGGGAUAGAGCACAACUGUUUAAUUAACUUGUAACAAUAUUCCAUAGAACUGAAUUUAACAAGGUGGGGACGGAGUGGGGGAUUAAACGGUCAGAUUGCAGAAAUUUAAUAGAGCCAGGAAAGUGAAAUUGACACCCUGAAAUCUCUCUCUGAUGUCUUCAAGCAGUCACCACCUCUUCAAUUUGCCUCUGACACACACACACACACACACACACACACACAAAAACACAACAGCUGUGCAGCACCCUAGAGCUGUACAGGGCAGCUGUUCAGAGCUCACUAAAAGAAACAGUGAUCCUUUUCUUUAUCAGUGCUAAUGUUUACUACGAGACCCAGGGAUGCGUUUAAAGUCAUCCAUGUAAAUGCUGAUCCUUUGUGACACCAUUUGGUUGCAACAGGGGAUGAUGGCCUGGCUGCUCUUCAAUAGUCCAGGGCACAUACAGCAUCUAGUUUCAUGCAGGACUUUCAAGCAAAUCCUGAAGGCCUUUUGCAUUAGAGUUUUGGAUGGUUCCUUUCUAAUUUGCCAUCUAAUAAAAACCAAAAGCAGAUUAUGUCCAGUUUCGGCAAUGCCUUUAUCUGGAAGCCCCUGGGGGGGCUGUGUUCAUACAGAAUGAGUGGCCAGCCUUCCCUCUUGGAGCUGGGCAAGGUUUACUUGCUGCUCCAUUCGUCUGCUGCCAUUCCUCCAAGGAGCAUGCACCUUUCCCCCCUUUCAUUCUCACAACAACUCUGUGAGGUCGGUUAGGCUGAGACAAAGUGACAAACUCAGCUUUACUAGCAAGUGACAUGGUUAAGCAAAGAUCUUAAUCCUGCAGCAGCAGGGCUUCCUCCUCACUGGCCCGCAGUAGCUCUCAGGAUCUUUCGUUGAGACCGGUCAGGUUGUUUCUUAUUGAGCAAAUCUCAGAUUCUUUUGCCUUUGUCACAUUUUGUUUGGUGCUAUUUGCUAAACUGCACAGACAAAAAGACUAUUCAGACCUAUCUCGGAUGGACCACAGUUUUCACAGAUCAACCGAUCCUUUCCCCUUGCAUGAAGCACCUCUGUUAACACCACAUAGGUAGCUCUCAGGGUACUUUGGGAUGUUUAGCCAGAUAUGGCAAUGGGAACGUGCAGUCACACUCGCAAAGUCCCACAAGCUUCAGUCCGACGUUCAGCAUCUCUAUGAAGCUUGUGGGUGGCGGGGGCGGGGCAGAAUUGAAAAAAAAACAACAACACUGUUGUUGUUGUGUCGUUUAGUCGUGUCUGACUCUUUGUGACCCCAUGGACCAGAGCACGCCAGGCACUUCUGUCUUCCACUGCCUCCCACAGUUUGGUGAAACUCAUGUUAGUAGCUUCGAGAACACUGUCCAACCAUCCUCUGUCGUCCCCUUCUCCUUGUGCCCUCCAUCUUUCCCAGCAUCAGGGUCUUUUCCAGGGAGUCUUCUCUUCUCAUGAGGUGGCCAAAGUAUUGGAGCCUCAGCUUCACGAUCUGUCCUUCCAGUGAGCACUCAGGGCUGAUUUCCUUCAGAAUGGAGAGGUUUGAUCUUCUUGCAGUCCAUGGGACUCUCAAGAGUCUCCUCCAGCACCAGAAUUCAAAAGCAUCAAUUCUUCGGCGAUCAGCCUUCUUUAUGGUCCAGCUCUCACUUCCAUACAUCACUACUGGGAAAACCAUAGCUUUAAUUAUACGGACCUUUGUUGGCAAGGUGAUGUCUCUGCUUUUUAAGAUGCUGUCUAGGUUUGUCAUUGCUUUUCUCCCAAGAAGCAGGCGUCAACAGUGUUACCAAUAUGCAAAUGAGCCCCAGCUUUAUGCCAGCAUUUCAUCAGAAUUAGGAGAUGCUGUUGAAGUGCUGGACCAGCUUCUGGUCUCAGUUAUGUGCUGGAUGAGGGUCAGUAAGCUGAAAGCAAAUCCCAGGAAGUCUGAGGUUCUGUGGAUCAGUGGUUUAUAAGUUUGGGAACUAGGGAGUUGGCCAGUUCUGGAUGGAAUAGUGCUUUACCUGAAAGACCAAGUUUGCAGCUUGAGAGCACACCUUGAUUCCACAUUAUUGCUGGAGGAAUGCCCCUGCCAUGUCUAGCUGGUCUGUCCAGCUAUAGUCAUUCCUGAACUAGAACAUCUUGACCUCAGGUACCCAUGCACUAAUGUCCUCCAAAUUUGAUGACUGCAAUGUGCUUUACGUGGACUGCCCUUUCUGGCUGCUUGACAAUGUGAGACAGGGCAUUGUUAGGGGUGGCCCCCUGAUUAUGAAACCAUGACCUCAUUUAGCACAAGAUGAAAACUGUUUUGUUUACCCAGGCCUUUGAAAUGUAAUCAGCCUUCUUGCUGACAGUGUUACUAGGAACAUAGUCAGCUGCCUCCUGUAGAGGCGGACCAUUGCUCUAUUUAGCUCAGUUUUGUCCACACUGAGUGGCAGAGGCUCUCCAGAAUUUCUGACUGGGUUUUCCCCCUGUGCUGCCCAGAAAUGCCUAGGAUGGAACUGUGUGUAAAGUAGAUGGUCUAUCACUGAGCUAUGGCACUUCCCAACGUGCAUGUUGUUUUUGUGUUAAUGCUAGUUUGUAUUGUUGUGCUGUGUUACUUUGCGCAGCCGUUGGGAGAACGGGUGGGAAAUAAAUACCGUUGGGGGAAAGGGUGAGGAAAUAAAUACAUCUCUUCCAAAGCAGAUAUAGUUUUAUAGUUCUUUUUUGCAGUGUAGGGGAAAGCAUGUUAUGUAGCAUUUUCUUAUUUUUUAUUGCUCUCUGCAAAUGUCUUAUAGAGAACUUAGCGCAGCUCCAUAGCUGGACCUGCUUUGCCCUCCCCAGAGUGGUAACAGAGACAAGUCAAUUUGGAAAGAGGUUCUUUAUGGAACUACAAAACCCCUGUGUAAACUAACAUGUUGUAUCCCCCCCCCCCCGAUCUGCCCUCUGAAAAAUCAGUAAAUUCUCUUUAGGAUUUCCUUUCCUAAAGGGAGCCUUGGAUAACCUGUGUUCUGAGAAGAACUGCAGCAGCUGACAGUAAAAUCAACUGUGUGUGUAGCGUAGAAACAUGUCUCUUAAUUCAGCCCUGAGCAGAACUGAGAAACAGGCUGCAUUAACGCUGAUUCUUACUGAUGCUUAUAAAAAUUGGGCCAGAGAUGCAUUCACAGUGAUGGCCUUAAGCUAAUCAUCCUCUGAAUUAAGAGAAAACAACUAUUCUCCUGCGCCUGCCCAGCCCACCCAGUUUUUCUGAGUAUGCUUUGUCAAAAGAUGGAAUGAAAAUACCAAUAUACUGUAGGAUACUGUUAUCAGGAAAUUUCUCUGUGCAAGCCCUCUAUGAAAUGAGCAGGAGCUGCUGCACAAGGACACACAAACUGUUGCUGAUUGAAUUUGAUGCCCACAUCUGCAUUGGGUGGGAAUGUCUGUUCCCAUUUAGUACUGCAGGAACACAUACAGUAGUAGUAGUGUGACCCUCCAAUUUUUAAGCAUUUGGGGGGGAAACUGUCCAUUUCUUUCCUCUCCACUCCCUGUAUUCUCAGCAGCCAAAGCAACGGUGGGAGUUUUCACUGGAAUACAUGGUACAGGCUUCCUGUGUGUUCGACCACAAACUUGAGGGGGAAAUUGCCAAAACUGAGCAAACUGCUCAUUUUUCAGAAUUCCCCAUCUCUCCCGCCUUUGCAUAUUGCAGAACUGGUACAAAUCAGGGUGUAGCUCUUAUUCUGAUAUAUGUCUGAUAUGGAACUUUCCUUUAUUGUGCAUUUCCUGGUAAGUUCUUGACUAUUGCAGACUGACACUGAGGAUGACAAUUCAGAAACUUCAGCCGACCCCAAAUGCAGCCGUGUGGCCUUGUCAGGAACUAUCUAUGAGGAGCACACUAGUGAGUUGUGACCACAGAACAGGAUUAUAGGUUUAGUGCUAAAUUAUAGCAUCUGAGGCACAGUUGACCUGUUCCAGAAAAAAACUUAGUUUGGAGGUGGCUCCCCUUCUAGCGAAUUCUUUCCCCAGAGUAGAUUUCCUGGUUGAUUCAAUUAGUGCUUUAAGAGAGACAUUAAAUGCAUUUAUUUUCUACCAGGCCUUUUAAGAUUUCAACUGAAUAUUAGUUUUAAACAUGGGAUUUGUAACAAAUAUUGGUGUGUGGAGUGUUCCUAUUCAAGGUUUCCUGACAGUGAGUCAGCCCUGCUCUUUUCCAGGAUACCCGUUUUUCUGUGUUUUGUGGCCAAAGCAUGCUCAGCCCUCGUUGGGUCGCUGGGGUCUUUUUGCUUUUGCCCCCUUAGGUCACCCCAAAAACUUUUGUACUUCUUCAAACCUUGGAGCCACCUGGUCUCUUUCUUAGCUACAUAAGGAUCCACACUCAGAGAAUGUGUUUGCUAUUAGCAUAUAUAGGAUCCUGUCUCCCGUUUUUAUGAUAUAUAGUGUCCUUCCAACUGCAUUGUUCGCUGCUUCUUGGCAGUUUUUAUUUGUAUUUUAUUGUGCUUCUUUUUAUCUAAUGUUGUGAGGCACUUUGAGGACCUUGGCUGGCAGAAGGUGGAAAUUAAAACCUUUAUAUAUGAACUAUUUCACUUGCAAAGGUUUGUAGUUCUUGUCGGUUGGGUAAUACUGGGGAGAAAAUUGUGUGACCCUAAAUUGCUGCAGUUUCAGCCUGCUACAUGCAUUGUGCUUGAUGAACCCUGGCUGGAACAAGUAUCUGUUGUACAGUGACUAGAAUAAAUUGUACAACCACUAUCCUUACCCGGCCGUUACCCACUUCCACCCUUAUCUGUCCUGACAUGAUCUCUGUAGUUGAACUGUUGAUGGACUGGUUGUCCUCUGUGCCUGUCUAUGCUGAAAACAAGACUUCCAUUGUACUCCUGACUAUGCUAUGUCUGCUCUGUCUAAAAUGGAAGCCUGUCACUUGACAGGUGUCAUCAGACGUGUCAUCUGAAUGUCUUCUUCUUGGGCAGAAUGCUUUGGGAGGUUUUAGGUGGGAGAGGGCACCAGGAAACUCAUCCUGUUGAGCAUUAGGAUUACUUCUGUUGCUGGUUGUGCUAGCAAAGAUGAUGGCAACAAAAUUUAAAAGCAAGUGUCAUGGCAUUGGGGAGACAGAAUCUUCCAUGGGUGAUAAUUUCUAGGUUGAAAAGCUCCUGGCAGAAAUAGUAGCUAUGGUGAAUCAGCAGUACACUAUGCAUUAUUAGAGCAGAGAGGUGAAUUAGAGCAACUUCCGGGAAUUUGUGGGAAGAAGAGUGAUAACUACCGUAUUUUUCUGUGUAUAAGACUAGGGUUUUUUCUUUUAAAAAUAUGUUUAACAUUGGGGGUCGUCUUAUACAUGGAUACAAUCUCCCCCCAUUUUCUUUAUUUGGAAACCCCCAAAACAGUGCGCGUCUUAUACACGGAAAAAUAUGGUACUUGUGGUUGAUAAGGUACAGAGACUAGAAAAAUACACCAACUCUAUAAACAUACUGAAAUUUUAAAAGCCAUGUGGAAUAUUUGCAGUAGGUGCACAUACGUUUUUCUUGCUUUGCAGAUAUAGAGGAGGGAAGAGUAGCUCAGAAUAGCCACUUUCAAAGUGGCUAGAGUUUUGGGGAGGGGUUUCCAAAGCAGGUGGGGAUGUUGUGUGGCUCACCUCGUAAAACUGACCCCUGCUUAGCAGGGCAGAUUGCAUGAUGGUGCUUUACCUGAAGAUCACAAUUGUUCUAAUGUUGGGAGACACUCACAGAGUAACCCUUACUCAGAUGUAAGUCCGGCUGAGUUUUGCAGGGUGUACUCCCUGGGAUGUGUACCCAGGAUAGUAGCACCUACAGUUUUUGAAAUUUGCGGGGGAUGUCAGUGGGCCACUUAAACUUCUUGUUGUUCAAAAAGAUCAAAGUACAGAUCCAAGUACAUUGCUGUACAUAACACACUUUCCCACCCCACUCCUUCAGUGCUGGCGUUGUCAAAACUAGUGAUGCUUUAUGAAAGCGUGGGCUGGCGAAUGCUUAGGGAGAAAUUGGCAGACUGUUCCAGUGCCAUGUUAUGAACAUGACAGGCCAUUGCCAGGACCUUGACCUGUAUUUUCAGAAAAAUGAAUAAAGUGAGGGCAAAGUGCACAUAUUCGUGACUGCUCUACAGCCUUCUUAGGUUUCCUGAAUAGAAUUUGUAGGAUAGAGCUUGCUUGAGAACAUCUGCUUGUAACAUAAGUAGUUUGAGACAGUGGUCAGAUUGCUGAAUCUUCCCUUCAUCUCCCCUAUGGUUUCUUGGGCAGUGAAGUGUUUUUAAUGGGCUAGUAAUGCCUGUGGAUUUAUUUUCCAGGUGAUCUUAAAAAAGAAUAACAUGCCGAUGGUAAUCUUACUGUUGCUCAGAUACUGGUACGAAUAAUUUGAACCAAAAAAAUUCCUUUUUUAUAUAAAAAAAUACAUUUCUUGUAAACAGAUUUUGUGGUUUGGACAGCUGGCAUGACUGCCUCCCCAGAGUCAUUCAGUGCCACUGUCACCUGUAUGGGUGGCUCUCACUGCCGCCUCCUCCUCCUCCUCUUCCUUCUGCUGCUUUUGCUGUUCCCUGCUUGUCUGGGAAAGGCUGCUGUGUCAUCCAUGGCUUCCCCCCCUUGUAUUUGGAGAGUACAGGAUGAGACCCCAUGGAGCAAACAGGGAGACGGAACAGGGCUUCCCCCUCCCUUCUGUUCAUCUGCCUCAUGGGCCUUUGCACUGGCCCCUAUCCUGCACCCCCCCCCCAUAUACUGCUGCUCACACUGCCUCACCUGCUGCAGGCACCUACUUAAGACUGUUUGCUUGGGCUUACAGAAGUAGAAUAACAAUUCCCUUGAAAGGAACUAUUGAAAUUGUUAAAAAUCUGAAUCGUUUUUCCGAAACUGCUAAUGAUGUUCAAAAUUCACCCUAAAUGCCAUCUUAGGCUUGACACUCACACAUACAUACUUUGCUUGAUCUCUCCUUGCUUGAGCUCUCAACGCUUCCUGGUUGGCACUUGAAUGAAAAACGGAAACUGAAAAGCAGAUAAGAGAUAUGAGAGUUCUGUCCAUGGUGUUAGGUCUCUGAAGGCUGAGGCCUAGUCUACAUAUCUGGCCAAAUAAAGUAGGAAUGAAGAUUUUAGCCAGGGUGUGCAUGCCUUUUUUUAUGUUGUUAUUUUUCAGAUUACAUUAAGUACAUUUGAGAAAACAGCUGUUCCAACAGUAUACAACGAACAACUUGACCUGGUCUUUUUACAGAUUUGUGUCAUGCUGGAUAAUAAAGUUUCAUUUGAUUAUUCUAAAAGGUCACACCAUAUUUUUUCAUGGGUAGUGCAUGGUUUCCUGCCACAGUCCAAAUAGUUACCGUAUUCAAUAAGUAUUUGCCAUGUGCUGUAGAAAGAAAAUGGAUUACGCUUGCCUCUGGCUGCUCCAACUUGUCAUGCCAGCUUCUCAGCCAAUGCUAUGGACCACACUCCGGCAUACCAAGAGCCCAUGCUGAGACCAGCGGAAGCGGCUCCUGGGGAGUGUGACUGGUGUGGUUGUACUGGGCAUGGUGCUUCUGAAGCGCCGAAGGAGGCUCCACCACUAUUGCCCCAAUGGGAGGCGGAACAGGGGCACCAGAUUUGGGGGAUGCACAGGGUGCCUCUGAAAUUUGAGACGCCAAGGUCUGCCACAGAGACCAGUCCCAGUUCGCCAGCAUCUGGCUAUCUCCAUUUGUGCUGCUGUUAGUAAAAAAAGGCUAAGAGAGCAUUGUGGGGGUGGCAGCAGCUCUGGAAGUAGACUAGCCGAGUAGGGAGCAGCCUAGUUUAGGACAUUUUAUGCUUGAUAUGCUGGUUUUCUUCUGCCUGAGAGUUUUUACACAGGGAAGUAUGCAAUAAUGUCCUUCUGUACUGGCAUCCUGAAGUGGCGCAGGCCACUCUACUACCUCAGACUGCAGCAUAUGUAGACUGGGCCUCAUUCACUCAUGCCAACAAGCCAUCCCUCACCUGACGUUGAACAUCUGUUUUGGAAUUAAUACUUUUCAGUUGUGAGAGCAGUUUAAGAGAAACAGAACAAAAAAUUGCAUAUUGGUUUAUUUUCUGAAAAGGCCAAAAGCAGGGCAGUUCUGUUUAGAUGUGGUCUGGUUUUUGUUUUAAUGCAAGCAGUGGCCUACAAAGAAUCAACUUCCUCUUCUCCAUCUUCUCUUUAGCGCGAUGGCUGACAACACAAGUAAACUCACCAAGCAUGUGAACAAAACACCUCCAAGGUCUCCUGCAGAUUCCGCAAAAGAAAAAGCAGCCAAAAGGUUAUCCUGCGACUCAAACAGCUCCCACGACGGGGCCAGUGGGCCAGAGCUAAGUGCUCUUGAAGAGGCUUUCAGAAAAUUUGCUAUCCACGGGGAUACGAGAGCCACGGGCAAAGAGAUGCAUGGGAAAAACUGGUCCAAGUUGUGUAAGGAUUGCCACGUGAUUGAUAGCAAGAACGUGACUCUCACCGAUGUUGACAUCGUCUUCAGCAAGAUCAAGUAAUUUCUCCCUCUGCUUCUUCAGCCUUAUCUUACAUCUCCCCCCCCCCCCCCGAUAUUUGUAUUGCUUAGUCUGUUUGUGAGUAAUAAUAGGUGGAAUAUGUUGGUUACAUAUACCCCAAUUACAUCAUAAACAUUGUUUUUAAGUUCUGUAAAACGGGGGGAACACCAUGCUAUCCUCAGAUAUUGUUGGACUUCAGCUCUCUCCAGCCUCAGCUAGCAGGGGCAGUGAUCACAGGUGAUGGAACUUAUAGUCCAGCAGUAUCUGGAGAGCACCAGGUUAGCUCCGCCAUGCUUUACAAGUUUAGAUUGCACAUCUGAGUUUCUUUUUCUGUACUAAUUAGCAUUCACAGGUUACACAUUCCAGGCGAAAAUACAUUGAGUGAUAGCCAACAGUCAUACUCAAGAGUCGACACAUUGAAAUUAAUGGCCAUAAGAAAAUUAAGUAUAUUUUAAUUGACAAGAUGUAUGUACUGUUUUAAUUAAUAACAUCAAAGCAUAAAAACAUAUUAAAUUAUUGAUUAAAAGACCAAUGAAAUCAAGCAUUAACACCAAGUUGGCAUAACAUUUAUUAAAAUAUAAAUAAAAUCAGUAGUUUUAAAACAAAUGCACAAAGUUAAAAUUAUUUGUCUGGAUAGACUUGUCUUUAAAAAUGCUUUUAAGAGGUGCCAAAAAUAAUUCUCCGAAGUGUAGGUGCUGCUACACUAAAGCAUCAGUUCCUUGCAAGUGAGGAACAAACAUUAUGUGGCAGUUGUAAAAAUGUCAGUUCUGCAGAUAGAAGCAGUUGAGCGGGUGCAUACAGGGUAAGGCAGUCCUUCAAGUCAACUUAAAGGCUUUAUAUACUUAUAGUAAUAUCUUGAAUUUGACUUAGAACUUUUUUAAAAAUAUUCAUUUCAACGAGAUUAAAUAUGUCUAACCUUGCAUACUGGCCAUUAUUAGCUUCACUUCUGAAAAUCUCCCUAAUACUAUUUUUAUUCUGGGACAAUUACUGUGCACUGGAUAUUUGUGUGAGAAAAACUGUUUUGCAGAUUAGAUGUAUGGUGCCUGGUAUGUACACUUCUGAAAUGCUUUGGAGUCUGGCUUUUGCUGAAUAUUGUUACCUUUCUUUAAAAGAAAAGGAGAGCUAGUGAGAGCCUGGCUACCUGAUGCCAUGCAGAAGGAAGGGCAAGGGGAGCCCAACCACCGCCCAUCCCUUCUUCUGAAUGUGCUACUUGAACACAAGGCCUGGGUACAGUCUGAAGGUGCUUGAUGGAGCAACCUAGCUGAAGCUCAGCAGGCCUGACUCUGGACAGGGCCUCGGUGGGAGUGAGUUGGGGGACUGUAGCUUAGCAGCAGAGCAGCUGCUGGGCAGGCAGCUGGUAUUGGGUUCAAUCCCUGGCAUGUUUCCAGGUGAAAGGUGAAAGAACCUCUGAAGAGGCUGCUGCUGCCAGCCAGAGAAGAUGGACCAGUGGCAGGGCUCCCCCCCCCCCCAGCUGGAACUCAGUUCUGGCACCUCUCAAGUGGACGCCAUUGCCAUUCUAAGAGAACAAGGGAGGUACUCGUGGCAAGUUCCAGCACUGACCAGUGUUCUGACCAGGUGUAAAGCAACUUCCUAUGAAGGAGUAUGAGAUAACAAAAUGGACUGUGCUGCCCCUGGCUCUGUGCUAGGAAUGAGUUGCCUGGAUCCCAUUUUGCCAUUAUAAUAAGAAAUUGGGGGGCAGUAGGUUCUUCGGGUUAUGGUUAGGAAAUAGUUCCUUGGAUUGAAACUUGGCGGUGUAGGAGAGGUGGGUUGAGAAUGGUCCAUGCCAAACUCGGGUAGGAAAUGACUUAUUCUGAAUGAGCUGAAUGUUUGAUGAGUGAUUCUCGCAUUUUGACGGGUGAUGUCCAUUUCUGCCCAUAGAGUUUGCUGAGGUGGACUUAGGAGAAAAUGUCUGUGUUUUUACUGGGUCUUUUGGGGAAAUGUUUUGUAAGGUCAAAAGGGAACAUUUGGUAUGUGUUGUUACCUAGUAGCAGUAUAACAUAUUUGUAGAUUUUAUUUAAAAAGUACUUUCCCGGCAAAUGUUACUCUAUGCAGGCAGUAAGAAAAUUCUCACACAUGCUCAGUAUGAACCAGUGUGGUCUCACAACAGCAUAUACUUCUGAAAAUGGAAAGCUGAGUCAGAUUCCCUCAGAGCUAAUGUCUGUAUUUCACUUGAGGAAAGCUGAAUUAGGGAACUCCUUGCUGCAAGGAAAACACUGUUUCACUUCUCAAACCUUGUCAUGGAAUUUGUUUCAGGCUCUGUAUACCCUUAUGUUUUUCCCCUUAGCCUGUUGAAGAUGAUAAUAGGAUGGAGAUCAGGAUUGCAAUGAGAGGUUUAUUAAGAUAAAUGCUUGCUGCUUAUAUAAAUUAUAUGCAGUUGUUUGGAAUCCUUUACCUAAUUACUUAGAAGGCAGGUGUUUUUACUAACUGCUAGUGACACAAACCAACACUGCAGUAUUAUGCAGAACUAAUCUGCCUGGACUUCAGUCCUUCCAUAGUUUGGCUUGUAGUUAAAUAAGUUUGCAAAUACUUACAAUGCAUUUCAGCAACCUAUGAAGUCCAAAGCGUGAAUCGUAUCUGUGCCAUAAGCUCAAAAACUAUUUAAAAGGAAGACACUCUUUUUCUCCCUUUCGCUGAUUCUGCACUAUGGAAGAGUAUUAACCUACUGGACAGGAUUUUCGUUUCACGAUUUCAAAACUAAUCACAUCCCUGUGUGGGAGAGGUACAGGAGGAGUAAGGAGGAAUGUUUCGCCUGCGGCUGUCCUCUACUAAAGCAGGGGGCUGGGCUAGAAUCACUAGAUGGCCAUCAAGAUCUUUCCCACCUUACCAUUAUAUGUGGAUGGUGGUUAUUACCAGUUAGACACCUGCAGCAUGGAAAGAGUGGCUUCAGUUGCAUAGGCUCAAUGCGUUAGUGCAGUGAAGAGGCAAAUCUGGGACUUGAGUUCAGUCUGCCACUAUCAGCCAUCCAGCUCCAAGGUGGUACAGAAGCUGGAACUAAACACAGGCCAAGACACCAUACCAUAUCUCCUGAAUAAUGCAUUUUCCUGUAAUUUCACACCAUUUUGAAACAAAAACAAAGAAUAUAUAUUAACUAGAUGUUGAAACUAUGAAUUCGCGUGAGUCUCCUUCCUCUCCUAUUGUAGUUACUCCUUAUAUGGUGAGAGAAUCACAUGCUUAAAUGCCCCUCCCAUGAAAAAAGUGCUGCACAUUGAAAACUAGCCUGUCAAGAAGGGGUGGGUGGGUUCUGGCCUAGUCUCUAUCCUGACAUGCUAGCUUUCUAUCUGCAGAGCCCUUUUAUAUGUGGAGAAAUAUUCAGAUAUACCUACAGUGUAAAAUGGCGCAGCCCAGUAACAGCUGGUGCAUAUGAUUCGCCGAAAAGGUUAUUUUUUGCUUUACUCCUGCCCUUCCUCUUGUCAUCCAGUGUGUAGUAAAUAGUUGGAUUAUGUUGCCAUCCUCCGUUUAACAGAUGUCAGCAGCCUGGAUUAAGCAGUCUCAAAAAAGUGUUAAAAUAGCCGUCUGUAGCGAUCAACAGAUUGAGGUCACAUAUUUUAAUAUUACACCAUUAGUGCCCCAUUAACCAACUUCAUCCAUCCAUUGUAAGAUAACACAGUAUAUGCUUCCAUCAUUUCCCUUCUCUUAAAGCAACACAGUCAAUAAAACCUCACUUUGGGUUUUCUGGUUUUACUCUGUGGAAGGAGAAAUAGGCAGAAUCUGGCUGGUUUUUUUAAAAAUAGUUGUCAAAGAAUAGCAAGGAGAAGAGGUUAACAAGGUGAUACACAGCAGAUUACAAGUGAUUUGUGAUGCUGAAUGAGAACACCUGUGCAGGAGAAGAGAGGGGCCCCCAAAGGUAUUCUAACCCUUUAUGCCCAGUGCAAUCCUGUUACUCAGAAACAAGUGUGUGGACAGUAUCAAUAAAUAGUUGUGUCAGGGUGGAGCUAGGUGUUUCCUGUUACCGUUCUUGUUUAAGAGAGACAAUAAAGUUCUUGUUUAGCUUCCUCACUGGUGUGUCCUCUAAAUCUUCCAUGACAGUAAGUCCUCCUUGUUCCCUGAUAAGUGUGCUUAUGAUUGCAGACUUGUUGUUAUUUUGAUUGUGCAAACAAUGAAUUUGGUACUAGACAGAGAACUAGGCAUCCUAAGAAACUCAGCUUUCCUUAAAAAUAUUAUAAGUUUCUAGUCCCUAAGGUUGCAAUGAUGAACAUUUGACCAAUAUUUGCUGCUCUCAGAAGCAAGGAGAUGACUCUGCACAUCUGGAGGGCACUGGCUUCAGGGUUUUGCAUGGUUCUUUCCAUCCCAUAACUAGCAAAAUGUGAUACAAAUAUUGCAAAAGAAAAUAUGUACAAAUACAAAUGUGUGGAAAACUUCAUGCAGGUUGCCAACCAAGCUUUACUCAGAGUAAACCCAUUGAAAUUAAUGGAGGUGAAUUAAUCAUGGCUAUAAAUUUCAAUGGGUUUACUCUAAGUAGGAUUUGCAUAGGAUACAAUCCUCGGCUUUCCUUGACUCAGCUGUGCACUCCUGAUAAUACACUGAAACUGACCAUGUGUGUAUUUUAUAUCCUGAUAGGGGAGGGAGGAGCCAAAAUCUUCUAAGAAUAGAUAUGAGGAGCCUAUGACAUAUUGCUUUGGGCAUAUAAAUUUUCCUUUUUAUCGGGGUCAGCAACUGUUUGCGGGAAUUUGAUACUGCAGAUAUGCCAUAAGUCAUGUUGCCUGGCUGGUUGUAGUAAUCAAAUAGCCUCCUGUAUAAAUACUUUUUUUUAUUUUCAAAGACAUAGCCAUGGUGGAUGCCACUGAAAAAUAUGGCCAUAAAGUUGCUCAUUUGAUGCCAUUCCUUGACAGAAAAAAAUCCAAAUAUUGCUGCGCAUACUGGCAUGUUGCUAUGGCCACAGGAGGCCUGAAUGACAUCAUGCCCUGGAUCUCUUGUGAGCAUUUAUUUAGAAAGAUGUCUCCAUAGAAACAUUUGUUUGUCUAUGUGUUUUUCUCUGAUGUUACCAAGUGUUAUAUUUUAAAUGUGGGUUUCUGUACCAGAUUGCUAGCAACAUUAAUGUUAAUAUAAAGAGACACUAUAAAUACACUUAGGUCUCUUCACGCCCCAAAUUAGAUAAUUGGGGGAAAGAACCCAUCAAAAGAAUAAAUACUGGGGGUUUUGGGGGGAGAGAGAAGUAGUUGCUGGUUUUCCAUGGAGUGCUCCUAUGGCACACUGUGUCUUGACUUGUGAAAACUUCCACCCAUGUUGUCAACAACUCAAGUUCCACUUGCCAGCUGUUGUAGCCCGGUUCCCACUGUACAGGUCACACGGGUCUCUCACCUGAGGCAAGCAUGUCUGCAUCAUGCAAGUAGCUACAGCAAAUCAAGUAAGCCAGAUGUAGCCGUUGUCCCUGACAGCUGGGUAGGUGGAUUUUAGGCAAGGAAGCCUCUUCUGCCCUCCUUGUAUCUUGUUGCUUAAGACUUCAAAGGGGUGAUCAUUUCACAUUUGCCAUUCCUUUAAAACAAGUCCUUUGUGAAAUUAGUUGGAGGAAAGCUGUGCUGGUUGAAUGCUUCCUUAUGAUCUCUGGAAACUCUGUAAAUGCUUUAUCUAAUAGGGUGAGCUCUUCUUGUGCCUAAUUGACACACACUUUCAGCUCUUGAAAUGAUGUGCUAACAAUAUUUUCGGUGAUCAGUCGUCUGGCUUUCAAAUCAAUUGAUCAUUAAACAGAUAAUCAAAAUCUUAGUAGAAAUGCAUUUUUAAGGAAGCAUGAGAAAUACUUUGGAUGAAGUUGCACUAUACCUUUUUAAUGUGUUGGGGCUAUAGGUUUGUUUUUUGUUUUGGUCUUCUUUUUAUUAUGUAUUUUGAGUUCUCAUUUUGUAUCUUUAUGUUGUAAAGCCACCCUGUGAUCUUCAGAUGAAGGGUGGUAUACAAACCUAAUAAAUACCGUAUUUUUUGCUCUAUAAGACGCACCAGACCACAAGAUGCACCUAGUUUUUGGAGGAGGAAAACAAGAAAAAAAAAAUUCUGAAUCUCAGAAGCCAGAACAGCAAGAGGAAUCGCUGUGCAGUGAAAGCAGCAAUCCCUCUUGCUGUUCUGGCUUCUGGGAUAGCUGCGCAGCCUGCAUUCGCUCCGUAAGACACACACACAUUUCCCCUUACUUAGGAGGGAAAAAGUGAGUCUUAUAGAGCAAAAAUACGCUAAUAAUCAUAUCCCUGAAAGAUCUGGUCUGAGGUUGGGGGUACUUUUAGAAGCCCAAACGGCCUGAAGGGCAUUUCAAUAGCUGCGGUUUUUGUGCCAGAUGUGGUUCUUCCUGAGAAAAUCGAAUCUUACCAUAGUUAUACCUUUUUGGCAGGGCCGGCCCACUUGUGAAGCAAGGUGAGGCAACCUCCUCAGGUGGCAGGAACCUCAGGGCGGCAGAUCUGGCCUCAGCUUCUGUCAUGGUGGCAGCGACAGUUGUGGCGUGCUCCCACCCCCGUUCCCGAUGUUCAUCUUAACUCCCCUCUUCUUCCCUGGCACCAUUUUGUGGUUUGCCUCAGUACCAAACUGUCUUGGGCCAGAAAACAGAAGUACCAUACUGGCCCAAAUAUAAGCCGCACCCACAAAUAAGUCACACCUUUAAAAUUCAAGGGGGAAAAAGAAAAAAAGACAAUUCCUGAAUAUAAGCCGCUCCCUUAAAAUUGGGUUACAGGCUGAAAAUCGCUGCGGUUGGUAGAAUUGUAGCUCUGAGCCAAUUUAGGCCUUUGAUCUUGCAAGCCUGCAGAAAUUAUCGUACAGUCGCUAAAAUCGCAAAUUGCUAUUCAAUUGCUACAAUUCCACAGGCACUCACACCCGUAAAUGGCAAAUGAACAGUCUCAAGCUUGCAAAUUGGCAAUAAAACUUGACCACUACAAUAAAACUUGACCACGGUGAGAUCUUUCAAAAGCUGUUAGACAAAUCAAUGGGUGCGAAGUCUCUCAAAAGCGAUUUGCCAUGAUAGGUAAAUGGAACCUCCAGGUUCAGAGGCACCAUAUCUCUGGGUGGUCGCUCUCUAGUUUGUCCCCAGAAUCUACUAAUCUCCUUUCCAUCCUGCUUGUCAACCUUCCAAGAGUAUCUGGUCAGCGGCUCUUGGAAACAGAAUUCUCAAGUAUCUGUGUCUUUGAUUUGAUCCAUCAGGAAAGUUCUCAUGUUAAGGAAUGGCUAUUUAUAAUAUUUAAUUUUUUUUAUUUCUGUAUUAAAAUGGUGCUAAAAUACCCAAUAACCCUGGCCCACCUCCCAGCUGAUCAAUUUAAAGCCUAUAGCCCUAGUUUUAAUCCUGAAGAUUCUGGGUGAUCGCAUACUGCCUUGCUAUAGUUGGCACCUGCACAGCAUGAGAAUUGCUUUUGUGUUCUAACCUUGGGCUAUACAGUAAAUAGAUAGAUGAGAAGAACGCAGCGCGUCUCUUGAGAGAGUUUGCCUUUAGUGCCAGAUACUAAGUGGACUGUCUUUUAUAGGGUCUAUAUUCUUUCCUGGGCUGUGUCUGGGAUACUGAUGUAUGUUGACCUGAAUCCGGGAAUGUCUGCGAUGCAGCUGUUCAUGCUAUCCAAAGCUGUUUCAUGUGCAUAUAAAUCAGGCCUGAAUGCCUGAAAGCAGAAAGCAGGCUGGUCAAUUUGCGAUUGGUUUUCCCUGCUGAAACCAAGUAUAUAGAGAACUAGUCCAAUGCCAGUUUUCAAACACGUUUGGAGCGCCUGAGCAGGGGGACGCCAAGGAAAAAUAUCCCCAACUGGCAUUUUUGCCAGUUCCAGGAGAGGGUCAUUAGCAACCAAGGCUGCAGUCAGCCCCAAAUUUUGUUGCUGGAAAACAAACUCCCUGGACUUCCACAUGUGAUGACAGCAGGUUCUGAUGCUGCGGUCCAGCAAAAUAAAUGCAACAUAAAGAAGGGUAUAAAGACAAAAUUUGUAGGAGAAUUAAUAGCAAGAAGCCAGCCAACCUUCAGCCAGUGUACUGAAUCUUUGCUAAAAGGCUGGCUGUGCCCUGGAAUGGGUAGGCUUCCCUCCCUUUUUUUGAUAAAUUUUCUUCCACACUUUUUUGUGGAUGAUUCUGAAGAACUGCACUCGUUUUGGGAGAUCCAUUGGUUGGCUCACAGCAUUAGUUCUUGGACAGAACCUGGGUUGUAAUACUGACCAUGGAAGCUCAAAUCAGUUUCCCUGUCUUCUUAUAUUUUUUAGAGUUUAAAAUCCAUAGUGGGUGCAUUGGAAAGGAUCACAAGGGUCAUUCUAGUCCAACACAGGAAUCUUUUGUCCAACGUGGGGUUCAAACCCACAACCCUGAAAAUAAGAGUCAUGACAGAGCUAUGUGCUCGUAGUCACUCUCCUGUGACAAGUAUGAUUGGGGUGGGACUUUUUAAUCUUUUGCUUUUAGUUUGCAGAUGACUAAGAUGUAUGUGUGGACAAUCUGGCUAGUUAAAAAAACACACACCUUGUAUGUUACCAACUUUGGGGGACUAAUUUGUGAGGCUUCCAAAGAGCUUUUCUCAGAAUAUCAUGGGGGUUGCACGUUAUACCGGGUUUUUGUAUCAGUGAUGGCCAGUUUUAUGUAUUUGCACUGCUGUCAUUAUUAUGUGGUGAAGUGAGGUGAAUUGGAUUGUGAUGUGCUUCUUACUUUCCAGCAUAUUUCAGUGGGGGAUAAGGGAGCAUGAGUUGUUCAAACCAGCACAUCAAAAUUGCUUCUACUCGUGUAACAUUUGCUCAGCAAAUGUGAUGCUGUGUUGUGGAUACAGGUUGACCUGAAGGCCGCUUUCAACUGCAGAGAGAGUAUCCAUUAAUCAUGAUGCUAGGCUGCAACAGCUACAUGCCAGGCAAACAGAAAUCCUGAGAGUAGAGUUACGGCACAAGAAUGGAAACAUUGGCUUGUUAAAUGCUAACCAAGCAACAGAUGAACUGAGCACUUGGAGCUGCUUGGGACAUGAUUAAAAGAGGUAGCAAGGGAUCUGGGCCAAAAGAGUACAGUGCAACUUAUUAAUUGCAUCUUGUUACAGAAUGGACUGCCAUCAAAAAACAGUCUUUGCAUGCUUUGACAGAGACGAUAAUUGGUGUGAAAUUUAUGUACUAUAUAUAGCUAAAAGGAGACUUGUAUUGCUAAAGGAGCCGAAAUUGAUGUUACAUGAAAUCAUUCCUCUUUUGAGUUUUCACGUUGACUUCAAUGAUGCGGUUGAUAUCUAGGAUUUUAUUUUGUUUUUAACUCCGGAAGGGGUAGGAAAUGCAAGCAUGCACCUCUUGCCCUUUUUCAUCUCUUGGUAUUCUACUUAUCCCAUUUGAAAGUUGUAGUGAUGUGGGAACGAGAUUUUAACUUCUAAAACCAUGUACGUAGCACAGAAACUUAGUUUUACGCACUAAGGCCUAUUCUGAGAAAGUAGAAUAGUAAAUAGGACACCUCUAAAAUAUUGUCCAGUUUUUGCCAUUUCUACUUGUUGGGCAAUUUUGUGAAAUCCAGGUCCUCAUAUGUAAGAUAUGCAGAAGUAGCACAUAGAUCAGACCGUAAUCCCCUGUUGCUCUCUUCUUUCUGCUGGGUGCUGGUUUGCAUAGGCAGUAUUUGUGCCUGGGGUCCACCAUUGGCCAGACUGACCAGGGUUGCUGGCAAUCCAGUGACACUUGGAGGUCCACAGAUGGGCCACCCCUACCCUAGAGCACCACUUCAAGACCCACUGGAGACCAGGGUGUGUGGGGUCUUCACUCAUUUUCAAAUACAGUAUCCUAUUUCCCUGACCUCCAGCUGUGGACACCAGUGAAUGCUGGAAACUCUCUUUGUUUUUGUCUCUGUUUGGACUUCCCAAAGAAUAACUAUGUGGGGUUGGGUGAGGUGAAGCUCACAAGGACAUGAUUUUUUAUUUUUUUAAACAGCUCUUUAAUUAUAAUCAUGUUUCCUGCAAAACACUCCCCUGCAGAACAACUGUAGAAAAAUCACCAUGGCGACCAGUGCCGAGGUGAAUUAUAGCAUCUGUUUACAUUUUUAGGUUGCUAAACAGGAGAUUAAUAUAGGAAGUGAAGGAAGCAUGGCUGAACUUUUCCUCAGUGGGAAAAUGAAGAGGCUGAAUACAACAAUGGCAAAAACUGAAUUUAGCCAGGACACCUGAGAUAGUUUAACUUCCCUGUUUCCAUCACAGCAUUUGCCUGGAAACAAAAGCUUGAGGAUCUGAAUAACAACACCAUUGCCUAACUUUUUAUGGGCAGGGUGAUUUUCACACUACAGUGCACUGGUAAUAUUUGAGGGCUUGUUCAUAUUAUUAAUGGUGUUCUUUUUAUAAAAAAAACCCAACAAAAACUUAUGCAACUUUCAGUGUUGUAGUUGAAUAUUGUUUUUCUCUAGAGAAACCAUUUGGUUUGUAAAAAAUGUUGUUUCACAUUCUCUACUUCCCUGAGGGACAGGAAGUUUCAGUGAAGUUGUUUUAGAGGCUCAAGUUCCUUGUGAGGACUUCGUUCUGGGACAUGUGCUGCCUUUUGUUAUAAACUACUUGUUUACAAAAUGUGUGGGUCUCUCACAUGGGCAACUACAAGUUUCAGAGCAACACCAGCUCGCUGCCCUAAUGUUUCUAGAAGAGGUUUUUGCCCGCCUCAGGUCUCUUGGCACCUUUAAUAAACAAGCUUUACUCUCACAUUAUUUUUGUUUCUUCCUGCCUCGGGGGAUGGAGUCAAUUAAUAAUUUACUUUAUUGCAGGAAUAAAUGACAGGAAAGAUGCCAGUUUGAUCUGAACAACCCUUUAUGUAUGUGCUUUAUGUGCUUUUAUCUUAUGCUGGUCUAUCAUAAUUGAGAGAAUGAGUAUUUGUACGCCCAACUUCCACAGUUGCCCUACUGACUAUUUAGCAUGUGCUCCUUAUGGAUGUAGGUGCUUUUGACAGAAUGUCUUCUGAUACAAUGGGGCAACUCUUUGGUGCAAGAUUAGCUGCAGGUCUCUAAUUGCCACACUUUUACCUUAUGCCGACCUAUGGCCAUAAUAAAGAUUCCUCCUCCUCCUCUUCUUUCUUCUUCACCUUUUUUUUAAUGCUUCCCCAAUUUAAAGCACACAUGCGUGUGUCCGUACACCAUGUAGAAAUUUAAUAGACCAAGUAGAAGCAUUAUUGUAAUCCUUAAUAUGCUAGUUUGUACAUAAGAAAGGGUUUCAUGCUGUGUUCUCUCCCCAGCUUCCCACCAGUCUGAAGUGCACAGCCAGAAUUUUGAUCCCUCCUUCGGCACAAUUUGUAGAAUGGCGCUUAAAAUUCCCAUGUCCCUGCAUUGCAACAUUGACAACUAACUCUCUCAUCUAGGUCUGCUAGAAUACUGUGGGUGGGUUCACUGCGCUUCAUUUUUAAUCUUCUGGGUGUUAUAAUUUCACCGGCCUGAUAGAUGCUCCUGUCCUGUGGGUUCGUCCCACUGUUAUGGCUCCACUAUUUUUAGAAGAUGUCUGAGGCUUCUCUUGGUGUUUCUUGCUGUUCAGAAUGGAUGAGUACUUGUCUUCUAGUUGUUUGCAGAUUCUUCCUAGGCCCCAGCUCAAGAUUAGGAUGUAGCUGGCCUGGUUUAUGCUAGGUUCUUUCUGGGCUCACUUAAUAAUGCUGCUCUCUUUAAUUAACAAUAAAGCCAUACCAGCUAUGGUGCCUGCAAAAGUUACUUGGCAUCCCCACUCCAAAACAAAAACCAUCCAGGUAUUCAUAUAUUUAGAAAGUCUUUAAUUAAUGUUCAUUUUCCUUUCCUCCUUUUUGGAGGUGUCUUUAACUGCUACUCACUAUGGGAAAUGAGGAAAGGUUUUAUAAGUUGGAAAAUAUUCCAGUUCUUCUUUUAUUCUUUUCUAGGCUCUCAGUGUGCCAAUGAUAUCUGACAUAUUUAUAGGUUAGCAAUGUUUGUGGAUUCUGGAGCACUUCGCUGUUUCACAGAGGAAACAGCCUGCAAUCAUCAGGGUAUUAUAUCUCAUGGCUCCCUGAAUAUGUACAUCUCCAAUAAAUGUGUUUACAAAUACACCGAGGGUUUUUGGAAAGAAAUAUUAUAUUUUAGGUGUACACAUAAAGCAUCUUGGAUAUGUACACCUUAAAAAAAUGUGAUGUGCAAAGCAGCUCUUAUUUGCAAGAUUGAUGGAGAGGCUCAGGAAAAAAUAAUGGGUCUAGCUCAAGAAUCAAGAUCUUUAACUCGAGGGGCAUGUUGGAACUGUUGGCGUGAUGAAUACAAGAGGCUCAAGCAGGUUCCUUGGAACGCUCACAUUUGACAUUUAUGACCAAGAGCUCCCCAGGUUUUACAGAAAUGAACUAACCCCACUGUGGGAGGCAGUAUGCCUCUGAACUGCAAGGGAGGAGAGCGCUGUGGCACUCAGGAUUUGCUUGUGGGCAUCCCAUAGACAUCUGGUUACCGCUGUGAGAACUGCCCUGUGAUUGGAUCAAGGGCGGUAUAGAAAUUAAUUAAUUGAAUUAAUUAAAUGCUGGACUAGAUGGGCCUUUGGCCUGGUCGAGCAUGCUCUUUUCUUCUCAACUCAAAUUUUGUUUAUUUAUUUCAGAGAUUUAUAUCCCACCCCAGGCAGCUUCUACAACAUGGUAAAACAAUGGAAACUUGAAUAGAAAUGGAAAACAGAACAAAAGCCAUGUAUGUUUGUAAACACCCCUGGUUUGAAAUUUUCUGCUGCUCCACAGAAUAAUGUGCCUUUUGCUCAGCUGAAACGAGUGUCAGCUUGUCCCAUUUAUGGAGGUUAUCAGCUUGUGGUAGGUAGGCAUCUAGCAUGGCAGUAAAGUGCUGUUCCUUGCAGUGAUUUGUGGUACCAGCCAAACGUUCAUUUUUUUAUUCUGAUGCACUCAGCUGUAAGGAUUGUAGGCUUAUUAAAUUAAGGAAAUCGGUACACGAAUUGUUUUUUUAGUCAAUGGCAGCCUUUUUCUUAUUCGUUCAUAUUUAAUAUCAAUAGAACUCCUAAUUUAAUGUCCCACAAGAUAAUGCCUAUCUUACAAAUAUAUAAUAAUAAUAUAAAUAAAUAAAUGGAAACAUGAAAAUGAUGAGUGAGUGGCCUUGUAACAGGACAGCAGGUCAUUGUGCUGUUGUUAAUCCUGUUCAAUUGCUGACUUGCUCUGUGCUUAACAAUAGUGGGAAACUAUAUUGUUUAAAGAAAUGCUGCGUUGUUUGGAUAUACUUCUCAGUAAACACAAGAGGCCACAGGGCAGCGCAUAUGAGGUAUGGCUUGGACGCUUUCAGCAAUCCCUCCACUGGCCUGAGAAAUGGCUUCAUAGCAGGAAGAUGGGCUGGAUGCCACUUGGAUGGUAGCUGCCAUCAUCAGUUCACGUGCUGCUGCAUAUCUUACAAAGGGAUGUGACAGAGAAAUGUGAAGGGGAAAGAGUGCGGUGGGGGUGAGUUAAGAGGGUCAGGAAUGGACGGCAGUAGCAGCUUUCCUCCCACUCCCUUCCUCUCAAGGGGUGCAAAUAGCCAACGGCCUAUAAUAAGCCAGUAGUGAGCCACAAAAUUCCCAGUUAGGAACAACCUAUUUAGAUAUAAAAACUUUAUCAAAUAAUUGUUAUGCUAACAACAACAAUAGCAUGACUGAAGACUCUGAAAUAAGAUGUACACACCUGCAAAUUCCACCAUGAUUUGAGUGUUUUCAGUACUAGAGUACCUGAGAGCAAACCGUUCAUCUGAGAAAGUGAUUUUAAAAAUGGAGAAAGUAUGGAUAAUUUAAGAAUAUACAAACCAAAAUAUGAGAGCAAGCCUGAGCAAGUGAGCUCAAGAUGUUGGACAUAUUAUUUCCAUAGAAGUCUGAGAGAAACUCUGGAAGCAGUUCUCAUUUAAAUGCAAGCUAAACAGAAAAUUGCUUUAAGGUAAUGUUGAAAUGGUACCUAAUUCUAGCAAUGACCAAUAGAAGAAAUAGUAACUAUCCAAAAACAUUUUGGGAAAGAAGCAGGAGGCUAAUAUUGUAUGUGGUGGAAAUACUGUAGAGUGCAGAAAUAUCUAACAGGAAUCAGAAGUGGGGAGAGCGUGUUCCACCUCGCCAUGUACUUCCAGAAUGGUUGGUUGAUUAGGAUGGGGAGCCUGUGGCUGGAAUACAUUUCCUAACAUCCCUGACCGUGCUGGCUAGAAGUUGCAGUCAAGCAACAUCUGGAGGGCCAUUCCUGGCUUGAGCGCUUAGUGGCACAAUGCAACAGAAACAGGCAAUAUCCAUCUACAAUGCGCAGUCUGAGCCAGCCGUCUGAGGCAUCUCUAGACUUCUUGCUGGAGCCCCUUUUGUCCUCCGUUGGGCUCCCUCUGCCGGCAGCGCCCACCUGGCACCCGAGCCCCACUGGGGCCCUCGCAAGAGCAGGAAGCCCUUUCCACCCCACCUCCCCGCAAAAAACCCUGUGUUGCUGCCCAGUCCUGCCCUUUGAACGGCUGCUGCCCUCAGCCAGGGCUUGCUUGGAAACCUCUAGUCCUGUGAAAAAUAAACUGGGCUUAUUUACUUCUGAGUUUAAAAAUAAAAAUAAACCUUGCCCUCUUCUUUAAGCCUCUUCCCUCCGUUCUCCGCUUCUGCAUGUUUGUGUGUGUUUGUGUCUCCCUUCUGUUAUUUUGUUCUGUAAAAUUUUAUCCAUCUUUCUAGUUUGGCUUAGUUUAUAAAAGAAAAUAAACAAUCAAAUAACUGGUGUUCUGGGAUAUACACGCACAUUCAACUAAAACUCUAUAGUGAAUUAUAUUUAAAUAUCUAAAAGCGCGACACAGAAUUGGCUUCUUGUUUAGUAAUGUAAUUAAAGUUUUAGGGAACAUCCUCUUACAUUAACUUUGUUAUCUGUGCUACUAAUUACUUCUGCAGCUUUAAUUUUAGAGAAUAUGUGUUAAUUUAAAAUUAUCUCUAUUAUAAAAUUACAGUUGUAGUAAUAUGCUAAAGGUAAUUUAAAACAUUAUCAGUUUUAGACUCCUGAAUAUUAGCAGCUGCCAAGAUAUUACCCCGUUCUACAUAGAUCCAUCCUUAUUUCAGACAUUGUAAUGUAUUGGUAUAUCACAAUGUUUAGCAGGUGAUAUACAGUGGUACCUCGGGUUACAGACACUUCAGGUUACAUACGCUUCAGGUUACAGACUCCACUAACCCAGAAAUAUUAACUCGGGUUAAGAACUUUGCUUCAGGAUGAGAACAGAAAUCGCUUGGCGGCGGCGGCGGCGCAGCAGCGGGAGGCCCCAUUAGCUAAAGUGGUGCUUCAGGUUAAGAACAAUUUCAGGUUAAGAACAGACCUCCAGAACGAAUUAAGUUCUUAACCCAAGGUACCACUGUAUCACGAUGUUGAAAACCAGACAUUGCUCAGCCCUAGCAUGAAAUACGAGUUUGUGCAUUUUGGCAGAUGUUUACUAAUAAACAGCUGUGGUGCCUUAAUAGCAGCAAAUGCGUUGCAAGUGAAUGUCAAGGUCUUCCCCCCCCCCCAUGUCAUCUCCCCCUCCUCCUUCAUUCCUUUCAUGUUCCUCCAGCAAAUUAUUUCUCUCCUCCUCCUCUUCUUUUUUAAACACCAAACAAUGUGGCUUCUGAGGGGCAAAAGCAUUGAAGUUUAUUGAAGCUCUAAACAUUUUCUCCCCAUGGGAACCAAACUGACUUCUUUGUCCUUUGAUCCCAGACAAUAAUUUACACAAAUUGCCACAGAGUUGGACAUGAUCUGUUUGUGUAUAAACUGGGCCUUUAACGUUAUAUUUAUGAGCGAAAUGAAGUGAAGUUUCUCAUGAACUGAACUACUUGAGGCGAGAGAGUCACAGGAUGCUCCGCAACCUCCACCCCCCCUCUUUGCAUGCAGAAAAUGUCCGGGAGAUUUCCCCCGGUGCAUUAGUUUUCUACAUGCAGAGAGUUGGGAAACAUUCAGAUAUGCAGUCUGAAGUGAUGCAGACCAGGAAAAGCUGUAUCACACAAUUGCAUGUUCUUGGAUAAAUGGUCCUCAGUCUGUCAGCACUACAAACAAGACAGAUUGAGGACCACAAAAUUUAAGUUCCCAUCACUCCUCAAGGCCCAGUGCCCCUGGCUAAUUAGUUUGUGGCCCAGUUAGCAUGUAACAUUAAGUCAAACAAUGGCUUAGCUGCAGGUAGCAAGGCGACAUGACAACCAGGGGCAAAUUGAAUUUGUCAAUUUUUUUUACGAGUCUUCACAUGUUCAUGCAUCACCAUAGUUUGGCUUAGUGUUAUGUGCAAAUCAAGCCGAUAUAACUCCUGUUUGAAUGUGUUAUACGGGGAGCGAGUAAAUGAGGAAAUAAGGUGCAGUUGGAAUGAGGUGAGAUCAUGAAAACUGAGCUGUAUUCAAGGUGCAUGAUAUAUCUACCUGCUCUUCUGUCCUACCUUGUCUGUAAAAAGCAUACCUGCUGUAUGUUACAAUAACCAGACUAAUUGUCCCUGGAAGAUAAUCAGUCUCGCUGCAGGACGGCUCAGUAACAAGGAUGGAGUAACUUCUUCUUCUUUGGCGAUCACUCAUAGCCCAGUAAAGGGACGUGGGUGGUGCUGUGGGUUAAACCACAGAGCCUAGGACUUGCUGAUCAGAAGGUUGGUGGUUCGAAUCCCCGCGAUGGGGUGAGCGCCUGUUGCUCGGUCCCUGCUCCUGCCAACCUAGCAGUUCGAAAGCACAUCAAAGUGCAAGUAGAUAAAUAGGUACCGCUCCGGCGGGAAGGUAAACGGCGUUUCCGUGCGCUGCUCUGGUUUGCCAGAAGUGGCUUAGUCAUGCUGGCCACAUGACCCGGAAGCUGUACGCCGGCUCCCUCGGCCAAUAAAGCGAGAUGAGCGCCGCAACCCCAGAGUCGGCCACGACUGGAUCUAAUGGUCAGAGGUCCCUUUACCUUUACCACAGCCCAGUAAGGUUGUCUUCUAUGAACACGGUUUUAACAGUGUGUCCGUAAGUGAUCAUGGAGGCCAAUUCUGGAUCCACACGUCCUUCCACAUUGGGGACAUAGGUUUCCGGGCAGGAGUUGAUCAGGGUGAGGGUUUGCCAAACGUGACUUCCUUUUAGCAUGUUUCUCCCUUUUGUCCUGAGCUCGAGCGUCUUCAAAGCCCAUGACACUUUUGGUAAAGGCUGUAACAAGGGGGCUUAACAAGGAUGGAGUAACAAGGGUUACUGUGCGACGGCGUGAGCUCCUAUUGCUCUGUCCCAGCUCCUGCUAACUUGGCAGUUCGAAAGCACACCAGUGUGAGUAGAUAUAUAGGCACCGCUGUGGCGGGAAGGUGAACAGCGUGUCUGUGCACUCUGGCUAAAGUCACGGUGUUCCGUUGUGCCAGAAAUGGUUUAGACAUGCUGGCCACAUGACCCGGAAAGCUGUCUGUGGACAAACGCCUGCUCCCUUUGCCUGAAGCAGGAUGGGUGCUGCACCCCAUAGUUGCCUUUGACUGGACUUAACUUCUUCUUUUUUUACCUUUAACAAGGAUGGCUUUAAAAUCUGACUCUUGGACCAUUGGUGUGGAGUCACUAGUCCAGGUCAUUCUCCUGUUCAUUUUUCACUCUCAUGUGCAAAAUAGUAAGUCGAUAAAGCAGCAGAAAAUUAUUGAAAACAGCAGCUGUUGAUGCUUUUUGGUUUGGAGAAUUUUUUCUGCUUUGUGUUUACUUUUGGGGAUGUUUCUGUGGUCUGUUUAUAUCACAGUUCUUUGUUGCUUGGAGUGACAACACAUUCCAUACUAGUUGGAGCGCUUUGCUUGGUUAUUCUAAAUUGGCCUUUCUUGGUUAGAGGUUAAUAUUCCAGAUAGAUUCCUUCCAGCACUGUUUCUGUUGAACAUGCUGGUGUGUCCACAGGACCCCUUUAAUUUAAGGCAACAGCAGUUUGCACGCUUUUAUAGGAGGUGGGACAAACUGCCAGCUAGGUUCCUUUUUCCUUUCUUUUCUGCCACAACAAUGUGAUUUAUCAACCAAACAGCUUUGGCUAGGGGAGGGUGCAGCUUUGAGGGUGACUCCCUUAAUGCCAGCCUCUGCUUCCUUCUCUUACAUAUUUGGAACUGGAAUUCUUGUUCAGCUUGAUUGGCAGACAAAAUACAGAUGUCGUUUCCUGGCUCUGUCGUUUGCCUUUGCAGGCAAAGAAAGAGCAGUUGUGAGCAGUUGCAACCAAGCCAGUUUCAUAAGUUACAAAGAAAUGCAGCCCAUAGCUUGUAUUGCUGUAGUCUGUUCACCUCUUAGCUGCAAGAUGGUUGAGAAACUUCAGCUGGUGCAAAAUUCAUUGACCGGGUUGCUUACUGGGACAAGAUGGUUUGAGCAUAUAGCACCAAUUCUGGCCCAACUGCACUGGCUGCCAUUCAAAGUGCUGGCUUUGACUUAUGAAAGUCUUAAAACCUCAAGGACUGCUUCUCUCCAUAAGAAGCAAUCUGGACCCUGCGAUCCUAAUCUGAGGCCCUUCUUUGUUGUCUCUCCCCAAGGAGGCGUUCCUGGCAUCUUCAUUAUACGCCUUUAGGCGCCAGGCAAAAACUUUCCUUCAUAACGAGGCCUUUAGCGGAUUAACAUUCUAUGACUUUUUAAAUGUGUUUGUGGGCGAGGGUUAUUGGUUUGUUUGUUUGUUUGUUUUCGUUAUGUUAUGUAUUUUGUGUUUUUGUUUUGUAGAUCGCCCUGCAAUCUUCAAAUGAAGGGCAGUAUAUAAAUGAAUAGGGGACGCGGGUGGCGCUAUGGGUUAAACCACAGAGCCUAGGACUUGCCGAUCAGAAGGUCGGCGGUUCGAAUCCCCACGACUGGGUGAGCUCCCGUUGCUCGGUCCCUGCUCCUGCCAACCUAGCAGUUCGAAAGCACGAAGUGCAAGUAGAUAAAUAGGUACCGCUCUGGCGGGAAGGUAAACAGCAUUUCUGUGCGCUGCUCUGGUUCGUCAGAAGCGGCUUAGUCAUGCUGGCCACAUGACGUGGAAGCUGUACGCCGGCUCACUCGGCCAGUAAAGCGAGAUGAGCAACGCAACCCCAGAGUCAUCCACGACUGGACCUUUACCUUUACCUUUAUAUAAAUGAAUAAAUAAUAGAGAGGUCAUGGUUGCUUUGCCAUCUGACCCUCACUGGCACAGUGAACACACAGAGAGUGAUAGGAGCAACAUUCUUGUUUUGUUAAUUUUUUAUUUACCAUUUAGGAUGUGUAAUAUUUUACUCCCCAGCACUGGAAACCUCUUCUGUUUAAAGGCAGCUUUUCUGGCCCUCUUAGCCAUGGGGGGAGACAAUUGCCUACAAAAGCUUCAGGCUGCUCAUUCAUCCUAACUGACCUCAUUUAGCACUGAAAUUGGUCAUGGUGACUUCUGGCAUUGGCUCUGGGUUGUUUGGGAUGAGAAUUAUGUAGAGGUUUCUAUACCUACAAAGCAGGUACAGUUAUCUAGUGCAAUUGGCUUCCCUUCUUGACCCAUAUAGACUUUGCCAUUUCCCAGAGGCCAGGCAUUUCCUUUUAUUAUAGUUGACAUCUGAACACAGUUGAGAAAGGUGUUGCUGUUUGAGUGCAGGAGGUGGGGCCUGUCUUUUUAGACUGUUUUAUUACUUUAAUUUCUAACCUGGAGGAACUAAAAUAAAUAUUUAAACUAAUAUAAAAAUCAGCUGAUGAAAACAGAUUCUGAAAGCAAUGUCUAAAUUGAUUCAGCAUCAUAAAGAAGACCAAAAAGUAAUCUAUCAAAAGCCCAGCGGAAUAAAAAAAUGUAACCCACUACCCAUUCAAGAAUGAUAUUCAGUAGGUAUCCUUACGAAGAGAGUUCCAAUGGGAGGGAGGGGGCCAUAGCUGAAAAGGCCCUGUUCACAGUGCUUUCCAAUCUGACAUCUUGGAAGUCAUAGAUUUUCCUCUUCACUGGAAUAGAUUUAUGCAGUCUGUGCAACUGAAGCCAUCAAGCAUCUCAAACUAGUUUAUCACUCCAAACUACCCUACUAGCAGCCAUUACCAUAAACAGGGAAUGACUGAAUUGGAAGGAAGCCUGGUGGUAACCUAGUCCAGCACCCUGCAAACAAAUAAAGAAUAUUUCUUUUUAGCCAAUUAAGAGAGAGAAUUAACAGGGUUAACUAAUAUGCCAGUGUCAGCACAAUGUCAUACAUGGAUGUAUCAUAAUGCAGACAUACACAUUAUUUGGUACAGAGGAUGAUAUUUUAUAUGCUAAGCAGCAUAUCCCAUAACCUCUAAACCUUUUUAUGUGGCUGUUAAAUAUAUAUUUCCCCCCAAGGGAAAGAGGGGGGGGAAAUCUUCCCCACAGCUUCAGAAUUUCCCAGUUUUAUUUCUCUUAUUUACACAGCUUUAUCCAUUUUGUCCUGUUGUGGUGCUUUUCAUCUUGAUUUUCAUUUUCUGGUCAGAACUACUGACCAUUAUCACUGAGUUUAUAUCCUCAAAGCUUGGUGUAGACUUUCUUUACACCAUAAUUGUUUUUGUUCUGUUUUCUCCUGUAUUCUCUUUUCUUCUUCACAGUGUGGUACAUUUCUUAAAUAGCUUAUAUUUGCAUUUUCUGUUUCUGACUGGCUCUCUAGUUCCAUUCAUUAUUUUAAAGGAACAAACACAGGCGAAUGUUCUCCCCCUUUUUGUUUUGUUUUGAAAAGCAGUCUACACAUGAUCUAGCAUUUGCAGGCUGGAGCCUUUCUCGCUGUCAUACUAGUUCUUGUUCCUUCUGCUGCAGAACUAUACAGUGUGUUUUUCUGAAUAUUUAAACCUGCAUUUUAGGAAAACAUAAUAUUGAGAGAUAAAAAUACUUUGAUGAAAAUGGUGUGAUCUUCUUCUUCCCCCUCUCCUCUUCCUCCUCCUCCUCCUCCUCCCUCUCUCUCUCUCUCUCUCUCUCUCUCUCAUUUGUACAAAUCACACAGAAUAGCCUGAAUUUAAAAGCAUUAGCAGGAGACCUCAGGACUGAUCUGCCAGGGUCUUUGCAAAGUUCUGUUCACAUUAAACUCUGUUCAGCUAUAGCAUUAAACCUCGCUUGGAUGUAUUUUUCUUAACCUGGUUGCUCUGCAAAUGAUCCAGUUUUCUUUUAUCUUUUCUACUUCCCAGCAAGUCACUAGAUGUUCUUCCACUCGGUUUUAGCCAAGGUUAUGUGCAAUCACUCCUUAAUUCAGACAGGUUGGUUUAAUGAACUGGAAUUAGCAUCUUCCCUGGAUGGAUAGCCCACUUACAACCUAAGUUCUCCAAACACCUGGGUGUUGUUAUGUGAUAUAACAUUCAGUCCAGUUUGAGUAAAAUAAAUUGCCCUAAAUUAGAGAUGUAUGUAGAACCAUGGUGAGUAUUUGGUGAAGAUAUUGCUCAAUAUAUUUUAGGAUUUAUCUUAGAAACUGAGUAAUUAGGUCAGGCAGUCACUGCCUAACUGGCUUAUGCUCGUGUUUCUAUGUGGUACGACUAUUGACGAAUAAUUCUGAGCCUGAGGCAGAUUCUGCCUCUUUCAAAUCCCUGAAAGUAUAGAACUGGAACAGAGUAUUCAGCCUUUGCCUGUCCUCAGUUCACCUUCAGUUCCGCAUCCUAUAGGAGAGUUGGAUUUUAGCUCCACAACAUGGGGGGGGGGGGAGAGCAUGGAAGGCUGAGAAGCAGUUUGUGAAUUUGUGUGACCAUGUUAGAUGCCACUAAGAGAAGGGAGAUUCCUACUAAGAGUGAGGAGAGAUGUAAGACCAUUUGGAAGUGAGGCCAAUUUGGAAGUCCCCACAAUAGUAUUUGUUAUUAUUAUUUUUAACUUCCCACUCCGGGGUCAGAGGAGAGAGGGAGGGGAGCUAUUUUAAGUUUCCAGGAAAAUGGACUAAGGAUGGCACAGAUUGGUUUAGCAGUAUGCCUGUAAGCCAAACCACAGCUUAGGGAAAGGGGUUUACAUGCAUUUGCAGUAAACCAUGGUUUGGUUUAGUGUUUGUUGUGCAUGAGUCUGGUCUGAUCAUUAUGUUUGUGGGUGGGUGGAGAAAAACCAUGUGUGUUGAGUAAGUGGACAUACAGAGCAGUCAGACUGGUUUCCCCUGAGUUUUGAGCUGAGAAAUGCAGUAUGUUUCAGAUACUUUUCAAAAGCCAUUGAAACCAGAGAAAUGACAAGGAAGAGAAUAUACAGAGGACUGAUUACUGAAGUAAUAACUCAGCUAAAAUAACUGUGUCAGUAGCUGGUAACGGAUUAACUGAAUAAAAUGUGUAACAAGGAUGACAAGCUCAUGUGUGGCUCCUUGGUGCGAGAAGAGCAGGGGUUUUAAAACUCCUCUGUGAAGUUGGAGAGUUGUGUAGCUGCAGCACAGAGCUAGGGCACAGCUCCUCUGCUGAAGUCAUUGCUCUAAGACCAAGGUCAUGACUCAACUGCUCCUUGCAGAUCUCUUGGCAUCUGCACAAGAACAGGGAUGAUACUUGAUUAGCCUCAGGGCAGAUUUCCAGGUGGAUAGAUUACCUGCCAGUCAGUGACGACACAACAAAAAAUUACCGUUAUGCGCUGUAAUUUAAGAACACAGCAGAAUGGGAAAGGUGUGACCUGUAUGUUUUUGUGUGUGAACACUGUUUGCUAAAAAAAAUGGUCACAAAAUGCUCAAGAUGACCAUUUCUGUUGCAUAUCAAAAGUCUCCCCAAAAGACCUCCUGGCACCCCCCCUUUUAUUGCUGUCAUCUUGCCAUUUUACUUUCUUAAAAGCCAGUUGCCCCAAGUUCCUUGUGCCUAAGUAUCUCCUUCUCAUUUUUUGAUAGUAAGCCCCCCAACUGAGCAUCGCGGAACUAAAUUCUAACUAAACCACCAUAAGAUUGUGUUGGAGGUCCCACUGAAAGCAACGGGAUUAAGAAAGUUGCAACAAGCUUGUUCCAUUGGACAAGGUUACAAUCCAAUGUCUCUUACCAGUAAGCCCCAUUGAACUGAACUCACUGGAAUUUAUUUUUCAGUGGACAAGAAUAGGGUUUCACUGUAAGGCCUGCGAUUGACUUUAGCUAGAUCAAGGCCAAUAUUCAUGCACGUAGUUAAGAUAAAAGAAUGAUCCAAGAGCACAGCUGAAAAAAUAGUAAUACUAUUUAAGACAGCUAAAAUAAGUUCUUCUUGAAUACAAAUUUGUUCCCAUACUAAGACCUAGAGCCUCCUGCAGUUUUGAGAAAAUUAGCAGAGCAGCGAUGUCUUCCCAAAGUAUUCCUAGAGUGGCACUACACUGUUAAUAACAAAGAUUGAUAGCAAAGGGGAAGAUGCCUCUCACAAUCUACUCUCUUUCUGACAUCAAAUGGAUCUUCGACUUCUCCAAAGCAUUGAAGGCAACCUGUGGGGACAGUAAAACUGUUUUAGAGCAGAAACCUAAGUUUAGAUGUUCUGUUAAGAGUGGCAUAGGACAUGGAAACCAGGAGAUUUAGUGGCCCACAUGGUAAAUACCGUUUGUGCAGUAAUCCUUACAGGUACAUUGAGUUGUUUCUGUAACGUCUCCCUUUUUUGUUUUGUCUGCUUUAGGGGGAAAUCCAGGACAAUUACUUUUGAGCAGUUCAAGGAAGCACUUCAGGAGCUGUCCAAGAAGCGUUUCAAAGACAAGAGCAACGAGGAAGCAGUGCAAGAAAUGCACAAGCUCAUCGAAGGGAAGGCCCCCGUCAUAGCUGGAGUCACGGUAUGGGAGCCUGAUGCUCAGUAACUCUGACAUUCUUUUCUAAGGCCUCUCUUCAAAUCACAGACUUCUCAUUUUCUCUCUCAGGAAGAGUCCUGAAGUUUUGAUCAACCCAGCAGGAUGCUCAUCUGGUUUCACUCUAAUGUUCUCUGUGGCAGGGCAGCUUUUGCUAAGCCAGAACAUUCCAUAAGAGUUGGAGCCUAAUAACUAAUAUUCCUGUUCACCUAAUGCUUAAAGAAUCAUAGAAUCAUAGAGUUGGAAGAGACCACAAGGGCCAUCGAGUCCAACCCCCUGCCAAGCAGGAAACACCAUCAGAGCACUCCUGACAUAUGGUUGUCAAGCCUCUGAUUAAAGACCUCCAAAGAAGGAGACUCCACCACCCUCCUUGGCAGCAAAUUCCACUGUCGAACAGCUCUUACUGUCAGGAAGUUCUUCCUAAUGUUUAGGUGGAAUCUUCUUUCUUGUAGUUUGGAUCCAUUGCUCCGUGUCCGCUUCUCUGGAGCAGCAGAAAACAACCUUUCUCCCUCCUCUAUGUGACAUCCUUUUAUAUAUUUGAACAUGGCUAUCUUAUCACCCCUUAACCUCCUCUUCUCCAGGCUGAACAUGCCCAGCUCCCUUAGCCGUUCCUCAUAAGGCAUCGUUUCCAGGCCUUUGACCAUUUUGGUUGCCCUCCUCUGGACACGUUCCAGUUUGUCAGUGUCCUUCUUGAACUGUGGUGCCCAGAACUGGACACAGUACUCCAGGUGAGGUCUGACCAGAGCAGAAUACAGUGGCACUAUUACUUCCCUUGAUCUAGAUGCUAUACUCCUAUUGAUGAGGCCCAGAAUUGCAUUGGCUUUUUUAGCUGCCACGUCACACUGUUGGCUCAUGUCAAGUUUGUGGUCAACCAAGACUCCUAGAUCCUUUUCACAUGUACUGCUCUCAAGCCAGGUGUCCCCCAUCUUGUAUUUGUGCCUCUCAUUUUUUUGCCCAAGUGCAAUACUUUACAUUUCUCCCUGUUAAAGUUCAUCUUGUUUGUUUUGGCCCAGUUCUCUAAUCUGUCAAGGUCGUUUUGAAGUGUGAUCCUGUCCUCUGGGGUGUUAGCCACCCCUCCCAAUUUGGUGUCAUCUGCAAAUUUGAUCAGGAUACCCUUGAGUCCAUCAUCCAAGAUUUUGAUUUCUGCUAGAAACUUCUUCUUGUUUUCAGUUAAAAUGUGCAAAAUACAGAAAUUCUGUCUUUCCUACUGCAUAAUUCUCAGAAUGUGGGCUUUCUGGGUCGUAGGACUUUGGUAACAUGCCACUUGCAUAUGAGCCAUGGAACAGUUCAGAACAAAGAUAGCAGCCUUCACUCUGCACCCGGGCAUUGUGUGGCUCCCACUGUACCAGCAAAUAUCACCCCCCCACACACAUAACAUGGCUAAAUGAAAUAAAAAAUAAAAAAUAGUCCAGUAGCACCUUAGAGACCAACUAAGUUUGUUCUGGGUAUAAGCUUUUGUGUGCUUCUUCAGAUACACUGAAACAGAAGUCACAAUUUUUAAAAAAAAUUUAUUUCAACUGCGUCAGACCAACACGGCUACCUAUCUGAAUCUAGAAUUGUGGCUAAAUGAGUGAAUGAUGCAAGGGUGGAAAUGGAUGAAGCCAGCUUCUGACUGUCUUCAGCGAGAAUAAAAUCAGCUCUUUCACUCUUGCAUCUUUCCCAUUCUACUCCAAGCUUAGUGGUGUGUGUGUGUGUGUGCUGUCAGCGAUGUCAAGGGGGGCAUGGUGCAGUCUCCAAAUAGUUGGAUUUGGAAGGAUCGAGCUGCCCAAGCUUAGUCAGCUGAUCAUUCCUUUUUUUAGAACAAUACUUCAGCCAUUUAGUUUCCUUUUGCCACGUGUAUAAAGAAUUUUGCUGUAGUCUGCAUAGUGCUCAUCAACAUACAGCUAAAUGGAAAGUGAGAACUUUGAACUCUUUCCAAGAUGGGGCAAAUUCCAUGUACCCUACUGUACAUAAGUACGAAGGGGCAAUCACUGUGGCUUUCUUUGCUUACCUAUCCCCCACCCCCAAAGGCUGCACAUUCUGUUACCUUCUAAGCCACACUGGGUAUUCGAUCACCAAGCUGCAGCCCAGUCCUAACUGUGGAAAUGAGUUGCUUGCUUCUACUCUCAAAAUCCAGGGCUGAUUAUGAAGAUUAACAAAGCAAGGCGAGCCAUCGCCAGCCCAUGGCAUUGCCAAGUGAGCAGUGGCACUACCUCUUUCACACUAGCUUUAUCAACAAUAUUAUGGGUUUAAGGGCACCAAAGGCUCACUUACCAAAUACCAUGAUGGUGUGGGGAGUAAGCAGCAGUGGGUUGCCACUGCUCACCUGACCUCUGGUCAGUUGUGUUUAUGCGACAUACCAGGCGGUAGAUGAGGAGAAAGGUUGGCACAGUACAAAUAGGCUAGCCGAGCUGAGCCGGUGCAUUUGCAACACACUGAUGUCACCACUGACUCCAUCUCCUGGUAAGUGGUAGCAACCAACUGGAGGUCAGGUAAGCCGUGGCAGCCCACCCACCCCCAUCCACUACUGGGAGAAAGCUAUGCCAUUAUUCCUGGUUCAAGACCCAUGGCACUUUAUAGAAAUUGCUGAGGUGAUGGCUGAGCUGGAGGGCCACGCUCUGCUCCUUACCUCAGUGGAACUUAAUAUGAUGAAAGCCUAAGAUUUAUCAAUUAAGGAGGACAACCUGUUCCAGUGCCUGGGAAUUGAAUCCCCCUAUCUCAUGUAAUGUGGUCAAUGCCUCUUAGGACCUGUGGACUUCAAAGCGUGAUGUGUACACAAAGGUGCCCCAAAUGCAAUCUUGAACAGUGUUUUCUGUGAAGCAGGCAUUCCCACCAGAAGCUUCUGACUGCACAGCUACUGGACAAGCUGAGAUUUGACUUAAGAAUAAUGUGACAUGUACAUGGUUGAUUGUUAUGGAUUAGGAAAACUGCAGAAAACUGAAUCUGUGGUGUCUUAAAGGCUGACCCCACUGUUGUAUCGGAGACCUUUGCUGUUUCUUUGAUGCCUUGGUUGAUAUAUAUGCAAAGCAUGGUGGACAUUAAUCAAGUUUAGAACAGCUGGCACUUGAACUCUUCCAUCCAACCUAUAAAUUUCACAGCAUCCACAAUGAGCGGUGAAAAAGAAAGGAAUGGAAACUCUUACGCCAUUUGAAUUGUUAUCUCCAAGGUUCUUUUGAGCACGUCCAGCAGAGCCAUGGAUUUUCCUAGCUCAAAUUCCAUUUUUCUUUUGAAGUAGAUGCCUUUAGAGGCAGAAUGUUCAGUCAUCCUGUCUCCCAGAAUGAUUUGUGCUAAGAGGUGGCCAGAAAGGCUUGCAGCCACCAGCUUUGAAAAAGGACAUGGCAAUGUUCCAUCAUGCCUUUGGGUGGACUUUGGAAAGCCCAAUGUUUACUCAGUUAGGAGCAAUUUGGAAGGAAUCCCCAGUCUUUAGGGCAAGCCCAAGACAUUUUGGCACCUGAGGCAAACCACAAAAUGGUGCUUCCUCCCCUGGCCAGGCAAGAAGGGAUGAAUGAAGAUCGUACAUCGGGAACUAAAGGUCUAUAUAUGGGAUCUGCUGACCCAUGGAUCCUGCCUCCUAAGGCAGUUGCCUCACCUUGCCUCAUGGCUAGGUCGGUCCUUCAUCUCUUACUGUUUUCUCGGCACUGGCAAAAUCUCUACUGGCACCAGUCCGCAGUGAAAAUAAGAGCAUUUGCUCAAUUAUCAGAUAUCCCUCUUAAAUUUCUGCCACAUGCUGAAGGGGCAAAUUGUUUUAGUUUUUUAAUAAAUUAAUUAUUUUAAACCCAAAUAAGGACUUUCCUUUUCAGUAUUGAAAGCUGCAGGGGAGCCAACCUGGACAUAUUGGACUGUUUGCAUAGUCACCUCCCAUAAAUGCACUGAAGACAAAUGCAGUGCUUUAAUUCAAAAAGCUUUGACGUGUUCUCCUAUAUGAUGGCCAGAUAGUAAGAAAAUGCCGUGGCAAGGCGAGCUGUACUACACAGGCAGGCAGGGCUGACCCACCCAUGAGGCAAGGUGAGGCAGACACCUCGGGCGGCAGACCUGGGCCCAAGGAGCGUGCCGCUUGCUGACUCCUCUGCCUGUGCAACUGUGCUUCCAUCUCUGCUGCCCAAUCUCCACCACCUACUGCUCUGUGGGCAUACCAAAGCCAUCCCCUGUGGCAGUGGCAAGGGGGUGUGCGCGUGGUGGCAGGGGACACCCAUUGUGGAGGAGGCAGGGGCAUGGCAGCAGCAUGGUGUGUCUGUGGAGGACGAGAAGGAGGCAGCAGCGCAUGCUUGCAGUGGGGUGCAGUGGCAGUGGGGUUUGCCUCAAGCAGCAAAACGUUCUGGGCCAGCCCUUCAAGCAGGUUAGUCUUCCCCCUAGGGCAGGAUGGUUAAGGUCUAGCUAUCAAGCUGGAAGUAGUUUCCUUGUCCAAACAUUCAUGCUUAGACGUGGCCAACUCUCCCUGUGAACUAAGUGUGUCCUCUGCAGUGAUGUAGAAGCAAACUCUGUUCACAUUAAAGUCCAGUCCUAAUAUCCUACUGUAAUUAAACCUGUUGCUCUCACUGAAAUAAUAAUAUAUUAUUCACACAAUUCCAUCUCCCACUCUCCUUUCUGUCUAUUUUUAGAUAAGACCUUUCAGACAGAGAUCUCAUCACUCAUUUUAUGCUACAUAGAUGACACUAUGUAAUUUUUUCAAAACACAUUUGGAUUGAUUGCAUAAUUUGUUGUAUCAAUCUAUUUUUUGUUGUUGUAAUUCUCCAAAUAAAGUCACAAAAAUAAAAAUUCCCAAGGAUGACAUCGUUUGGAAGUAAAGGUGAAUAAAUUAAAACUGGGUUGAGAGCUUUCCAAAAUAUUUGCCAAGAGGUCAAGAAUACCUCACAGUAUAAAAAGAACAUAACAGUUACAAGAACAAUGUCAAGAUUUUUACAGUACCCUUUUUCAGGGUGUCCAGGGAAGUUUACAAAAGAAAGAUAAGACAUAAAUAAAACAUAAACAUUAAAAACCAUUAUUACAUUGAAAUAUAUUCAAAAGCCUGUGCAGAUAAAAAUACAUCUGCCUGGUGCCAACAAUGUUAACUGUUCAGCAUCUGGCAAAUGUGUGUUUAUUUUCCCAGGCCCUCUGGUUUGGGGUGCCACCACUGACAAAGCUCUGUCUCUGGUCACCUUGCCUUGGGUGGUGGAGGGAGCUAGAGGAAACCCUUAGACAAUGACCUCAGUACAGGGGCAGAUGAGUGUGGCCACAGCUGUUAUUUCAGGUACCCAGGUCUUAGGCUGAGUAGGGCUUUAAAGGUAAGCACCAUUGCUGUAGUUUUCUGCCUAUGCUUUGACCACAGAGAGGACACCUGACCCAUUUCUUGGUGGAAGCUGGGUUAUGUUUCAAAACUCAUCCCAGAGUUCUAUUGAUUCUAGACACAGGUCUUCUAAGGAGCUAAAUCUCUUGGGAUGUUUACAUCACGGGUGGUUCAGCUGUCAAACAACGUGGGCAUUUCAAGAAGCAAUGCCUACUGUAUUUGAAAGCACCAGCAAAACUGCUGACUGCCAUUUGAUCAUAUGUUUUAGAAGUGCUCAUGUAGACCAGGGAUACAAUUUACUCCCCCCAAAAAACUUACGAAUAUAAACAUCUUUUCCCCACCACCACCAGAUUUAGGAGGACGGCUGAAACAUCACAUGGCAAUUCACAUCUCAUUAUGCUUGAGGAACUGCUGGAACAUGGAGCUAUAGAAGAUUUGAAUAAAACUUGUCAGCACUGUGAGGGUUCAUUUGAUCCCAGUUAUUUGAGCAAGCAUUAAAAACCCCCAUCCUGUCUUGUUUAGGGUAGCCAAAACCCACGAGCCAGUCAUGGGUGAUGGUCUGCAAGGAACAAGCAAAGCAGAACAGAGGUCCUCAGGACCGUGAAGUUAUAGUACCUUGAUUUACAUAUAUAUUCAUGUGUGUGUGUGUGUUAUUUACAUUGUUAAUGCUCUCUUCUGUCUGUCUGUCUUUCUCUCUCCCCAUUAAUAGAAAGCCAUUUCAUCUCCGACUGUCUCACGGCUUACAGACACAACACGUUUCACUGGUUCCCAUAAAGAGAGAUUUGAUCCCACUGGGAAAGGCAAAGGCAAAGCAGGACGUGAAGAUCUGGUGGAUACGUCUGGCUAUGUAUCUGGGUAUAAGCAUGCUGGCACAUAUGACCAGAAAGUGCAAGGAAGCAAGUAAGCCCGAAGGUUCACCUGUGAGGGGUGAGCAAGACGAGCCUCACCUGUUGCUGUAAAUGCCAAAAAGACUAUGUUGGAAAGCUGUGUUGUAGGAUCCACUUUUGACAUCGACUGAGACUCUUGCAGUGAAGCACCACUUCAUUACAUUCCUCAUGCUUUAUGGCAGUGAAAAGGAAGCAGCAGAGCAGUCUGAUCAAGAAACCACACCAAGGGCUCUCUCACCACACCUCGUCUGUACUGGUAGCAGAUCGCAAACAUUCCUAUAUGCCUAAGUCUCUGUCUUGUUCUGCUGUCUUUUUUUCUACAGUGGAGGCUACAUGAGCUAUUAGCUUUGCUAAAAAGAAUCCAAUUGCUCAAUUUGAUUAUUUAUUAUUGAACAAUGUCUUAAUAUGGAACAGAUGCACCUCAAAUGUAAGAAUUCAGCCUUUAACUGAAGGGAAUUAAAUGGCUAUUGACUUUUAUUUUAUUUUUGAAAAGGUGCUAUCCUGUAAAAGCCAAUACAUUUAUUUCAACCAUUUUCGAACAAGAGCAGAAAUAAUAAUUUAAAGCAACUUCCCCCCUCCAUUAGUAGAAAACUGAGACCCCCACUUGUCCCUGUUCUCAAAGAAAAGGGAAAUUGCAGCUCUCUCUCCUGGCCUCCGCAAAUUUUCUUUAAAGAAAAGAAAAAAACAGAAACCAAAACACUAUGUGUCAUUGAAGUUAUGUAUUACUAUUUCUUUAAGAUUGCAACGAACAUGAAAUAUGGCAGUUCAAACCCCCACCCAAAUAUAUAUUUGAAAUACUACCAGUUGAAAUUAUCUACUUUGUCUGGAUCAUUACCUUAAACAACAUUUUGAUUCAUUAUGUUGGUUAAAUAGUUCCAAAAUAAAGGAAAUUUGUUGUUUUCUUGUUCACUCAGUGUAAAGCAGACAUAAUUUAAUUGUCAGAUUGUUUGCUGAUGGGAAAACAAAGGUAGAAAAGAUUAAAUACAGAUUCAUUGUUUUACAAAUGAUGUCAUCAACCAUCAUGUUCCAGUGAGCCAGAGUCUAAAUAGUGCUGAAAUGUUGCUUCUUUUAAGGGAGAAAAAGGAUAUAAUUAACAUAUUUCCUGAAAAAGGACAACAUACGUAAUGUAUUUAUUUAUUUGAAAGAUUUCUAUGCGUGUAUGCUGAAGAGUAACUGUUUAGUCAAUAAGGUGAUUUUUAUGUGUCCUGUCUUUAAUAUUGAGAAAAUACCACACUGUGUUGAACUUAGAAUCCAGUAAAAUAAUAGCUGUAAUCUUCACUUGGAGGUUUGCCAGCAGUUGAGUCUUGUUUUCUGUGGAAUACAGGUCAGCUGUAUCUCCUCUGUAGAAGAAUAGAGAUUGAUCAACUUUACUGCCAUUCUUAAUAGCUGUCUCUUUGACAGGCCCAGUAAACGCUAAAGAGUUGGCUGCACUGAUUUGCUUACAGUAAUUCUGACUGUUCCUUCGCACAGGCCAGCGCCUUGAAGUUGGCCCUUGUCCGAACACUGGCCAUCUGUCAUUUGCAAUUGUCUUUAUCCUCAUUGUUAAGGAAGGUAUUUAUUGUGACUUACAACCAUGCUUUCUUCAGCAUGCACUACAAGCAUGAAUCCAAAAUAAUAAUAAUAAUGUUGUUAAGCACUGCCGUUGUAUGCCUGGAACCUUCGUUUUUUGACAUGUUGAAAUGUCAGGUUUGGGAAGAAGGAAGUCUGUAGAAUUUUCGGCAUGUUUUUGCAGGAUGGUGGUUUUGGUGGUUGCCAGAAAGGGUCUGUGAGUGUGCCAGGCCUGUUGGUAUUGAAAUAGUGAUAGUUGCUAUCAGUUAUAUAUCCAUCUGCUUUCUGGGGACAAGCUCAGUGUCUAGAGUGUUGAUAAUAGGGCUGUUUGCUUUGAUGGAACAAUGAGCACUGAAUACUCUGUAGCCCAUUUGUCAAGCUUAAAGUGAGGCUGGACUUAUGGGGAACCCCAUGUUAUUACACGGAACUUCAUUACAUAAAUAGAAUAUUCAGAACAAAUCCAACUACGUCCUCCAGUGGCAGCUAAUUAACACGGUGGAUGUGAAAGACUCCACUGAUGUAAUAUGAGCAGAUAAGCACACCAGGAAGAUACCUGAUUUGUUGAUCCAGUCUAGCAUGUCUCUUGUGUAUUUUGCUUUUCGGGAAACAUUUUUUGUCCGAAAACCUAGCAGCUAUUUGCUCACAUGUAUUGGCCAUGAACACUGAUUGCUCAUUGUAAGGAGGAGCUUAAGGUAACAAUAAUGCCACCAUGUUCUGUGCAAAUAGUAGUUUUCCUUUUGACGGAAAUUUCCUUUAGCACUAAAGUCUACUGCAGAACUCUCAUCAAAAGAUUUUAGAGCAGGCAUUACAUAUCAGGUGGCCUUCUAGAGCCAGGGAAAGCUACUUUUAAAAUGAUCGAUCCAUGUUCAUUUUUCAUUUAUUUUAAAACAAAAAGAGAAGAGAUGCCCCCACUGAAGCGUGGAUGUCUAAAAAGCAAGCAGUUUUGUGAAACAAUGACCUGCUCUUCUGACAUCCCAGUUUCGCUUCCUUUCUCCAUUCCUUGUUCUGAAACUCUUGGCUUUUUCUACCACUGUGCCACCAAAGGAGGAGGCUGUGUGAGAAGAAGCAAGGCCUGGUUGUCCAUGCAUCAGACCGCAGUUUAUGAAAACAGGACUACUUCCUCCAGUCCAGUCACCUAAUAACACCAUUCCAUUCAUGUCUACUCAAAAAUAAGUCCCACUGUGUUCUUUGGGGCUUGCUGCUGGGUGAACGUGCAUAGGAUGGCAGCCUAAGUCGCUGUUUGCAUGCAGCCGUGUACUUGGAAUAUUCUCACACCAGCUGCUCUCAUCCCUGUAUAUUCCUUGUCAGUGACUUCUGCCCCCUUUAAAUAUUUAUUUAAGUGCAAAACAUACUGUAAACGUGCAGUGAUGCCGGCCUUCGUUAUCUCCUUUCCAUACAAUAGGGUAUAAUCAGGCCCUUUUUGAACUCUUAUAAAUAGGGGGAAAUGUGAAAAUUAUCACAGAUAAGUAUCUGUAUGUUUUUUUGUUUUAAAAAAAAGCUAUUUUACUACCACAAUGUGUUUACAAUUCUUUGCUGAUUGAAUAAAUCACAUUAAGCACAUAGUGUUCUUUUGCUAUGUGUAAAUCACUCCAGGGUGUAUUAUGUAUAUAUAAAUACACAUAUGUGCAGUUUUAUACAGCCUCUUAAUGGUGCACACUUUUGUAGCAUCAUGCACACUGGGACUGCCUUGUUAUCUGCUGAGACCUGGGAAAAGGCUCCAUGUGCCCAGAAUGCAGCCCAUUCCUCACCCAAGAAGGCAACCCAGCUGUCUAUGUCUGCAGCUGCAUAUGUAUAUGGGACCCUCAAUGAGUUUCCGAUUAUUGCCUGGAUUUCCCUUCCAAUUUUAUAGGCAUACAAUUUAUGGAGUCAAGUCAAUCUUCUUUCCCCCCUGCUUGCAUUCUUGUGCAUGUACUGGAAGUUGUGGGCUGAAUCUGACUUACCUGCUCCGCCCCCCCCAAACCCCUACUCACUUCCUUUGUGUUUAGUUGACAUCUAAAACUAAACUAAGUGUAGAAUAAGGUGGGCAAUUUAUCUGGCCUCCUAAGCCCAUGCACAGCAAUUCAGGCAGAAGGACAGGACUCGGAAGAGCAGCAGGGACACUUUAAGAGGGAAGGCCUUCCCAGGAUCAGGGCCAGCCCACCCAUGAGGCAGGCUGGGGCAGCUGCCUCAGGUGGCGGAACCCCAAGAGGUGGCACCCUCAUAGGCUCCCCACCAUGUCUGCCACCGCUAGAGAAGUGGCGGCAGCGGCAGCAGCUUCCAGUGCGACCUUUCAGAAAUCUCACCAGACCUUGUGUGCUCUGCAAGUUCUUGCUGGAACCCACCAUUCUUGCCGCUGCUUUGUGGAUGCUGCCACACAACCCAGCAGCGUGGCACCUUCCUGUUUUGCCUCAGGCCAGCCGCCCCUGCCCAGAAUGGAGUUUUUUAUUACCAACUCUGCCUUAGACCUUGAUGUAUGAAGUUGCCUUAUCCUGAGGGAGACCAUCAGUCAGUUUGGACUCCAGCCCACAGCAGUUUACUUUGAUCAGGAGGCAGCUCUGUAAGCUCUCAGGCAGAAAGUGGCAUUUUCUACCGUUGCCCAAAGAUCCUCUUAGAAGGAGAUGCCAAGAAACAAACUUGCAUCUUUUUAAAUGUGCAAAGCAGAUGCUAUCCCAAGCUUUAGCUUCCUCUAUAGGGGGGAUGCUUAGCUAUGCUUUUGUUUUUGUGUGUGUAUAUAGUUUAUUCUUAAGCCUCCCAAAUGAGAUUACUUAGCAAAUGACUUUGAAGUCUCCCAAACAUAAAGCUAUUAUUCCUGUCUCCGUUUCCAGCAGUGUGGGGUGCCCUUGGGCUUCCCCAGGGAGUAGCCUCUUGUGCUGUUUGACCCCGUCCCCCAACAUACAGUAAGCCACAACUUAGGCACAUUUAACUUGUGUGCAUUCAGCUUUACACGCAUGGCCAAAAAUGAAUAAAUAAAAAGGGGUGAGGAUCCAGGAAAAAUGAAUUUGGCAAUCCCAGCCAUCAGUUGGGUUUUGACUAUAAGUGAUUUUGUCUUUAGACACGAUCCCCAGAACGUAUCCCCUGCGUAAGUUGUGGGCUUACUGUAUCUUAAAUCAGAAUUUUUUGAAAUUCCCGUUUACUUUGUGGGAUAUUGUUAUGGAAUAAACUUUCAACUCUUUGUGCCUGAGCGUACUCUACAGUGUGUCUUGCUUCAAGUCUCCCUAUGCCUUACAUGUGCAGCUGCGAAGGACACUUGUGAGUGAUUCAUGCCUAUAGAUAGGUUCUGCCACUAUUGGUUUAGAAGCCACUGUCUCAAACUUCACAAAAAGGAGGAAAAUGUGCAAACUGUGAUCAUGGUUAUCCCAAGCAGUCACCCCUUUUUUGUAUGUUAGGCUUGCAUUGCGAACUUUUAAUGUUCAUUGUUAGCUACUCAGUCGUGGGAGCCAAGAUGUAUCUGUGUGCUUGCAUUUGGCAAUACUUGCGUAUGGGUGAUAAAUGUUAAAAACAUCGGUAGACUACGUAGAACAGAUCUUAGUUACAUGUAAGUGGCUUGUCAUAGUCUUUCCCUCCUUAGAUCACCAUUUGGUUAAAAAUGAGAGUAGAGUACACUGUACUUGACUUGUACCUUUAAUUCACUGGAAGUCCAAAAGACCUUUUCUUCCUCUGAAAGGCCUCGUCUCCCUGUUUUCUGGCUAUGUAUUGCUGUUCAGGUGGCAUCUGAAGGUGAAUAACCAAAUGCCCAGAGGACCUUACUCGCUAGGCAUAUUUUGGAUUGCAAACUGGGCUACUUUCUAAAUCAGUAUUUGUAUGUUUUAAAUUCUGAUCCAAAUCAGUAUCUUACUUGGCGGGGUAGGAGAGCUGAAAACAAUGCCAAUAUAUUUCACAUCUGGCAACCAAUGCACCCCUUUGGUUUCAGACAGUACAUGGGUAGACAGUCUAAAAAGCCCUGGAUUCUGACUAAACUAAGCUGCCUGAUGCAUAUUUUGCUCUAGGAGGCUUAAUUUGGUCAGAAUUGAGUAUAUACUUUCAGAUUUAACAUGAAAUACAUUACUUCUGGUAAAUGAGACACCAUAGCCACUAGAGGGCCAUGAAAAAUUGUGUCCUGGGCUUUUGGGAUUCGUCUACCCAUGUACUGUCUGAAACCCAAGGGGCGCAUUACUUCUCAGGUGUGAAUUUUUCCCUAGCUCUCCUAUCCCACCAAACUUUGCGUGCAUAAGUGGCUUAAAUUUGCGUCACACUGCCCAUUUAAAAGCAUUAACAUUUAUCUAAGCAACUUAAUGUAGAUCAGAUUGAUUGUUGCCCACUAUGUACACCUUAUCCCCCAACAGUUAGCUUAGCUGUUCACACAAGUCACCACUUUGGUGUAUGUGUGAGAGCAAAAGAGGCUCCCAUGAUACCUACUGUAUGUUAGGACACUUCUCCACAACAGCCAGCAUGUCGGUUUCACAAACGAAGCAGGAAUGGAUAUUCACAAUAUCUCUACUACAGAUGAAGGCUUGAGUUAACACCUUUUAGAAUCUGGACCAUAAAGAAGGUUGAUCGCCGAAGAAUUGAUGCUUUUGAAUUCUGGUGCUGGAGGGAGACUCUUGAGAGUCCCAUGAACUGCAGGAAGAUCAAACCUAUCCAUUCUUAAGGAAAUCAGCCCUGAGUGCUCACUGGAAGGACAGAUCCUGAAGCUGAGGCUCCAAGACUUUGGCCACCUCAUGAGAAGAGAAGACUCCCUGGAAAGGACCCUGAUGUUGGGAAAGAUGGAGGGCACAAGGAGAAGGGGACAACAGAGGACGAGAUGGUUGGACAGUGUUCUUGAAGCUACCAGCAUGAGUUUGACCAAACUGCGGGAGGCAGUGGAAGACAGGAGUGCCUGGCGUGCUCUGGUCCAUGGGGUCAUGAAGAGUCGGACACGACUAAACAACAACAACAACAACAACAAUAAUCCCUUCAUUAGUUAGGAAAAUCCCCUCCUCCUAACAGUGAAUAGAUAUAUUUUUUCACACCUUUAAGAUGCCAAAGUAUAUUUCUGUUCUCUCCAGUGUUAUGAAAAGUUAAAGAUAAGGAAGCAAUAAUCCAUGAAUAAAGCAGGGUAUAUUUUGCUAAAAGGGAAAUUACUUCCCAUAGCUGUUCUGUUCCAAGCAAUCUAGGGUCAUGGGCUAACAGAUAUUGAUAGAACUAGGGAAAACUACAACAGUGGUUCUGCUUUUAAGGGGGCAAAUCUACAAGACCUGCUUAAUAUACUGAGAAUAUGAACUGGUUGACAUAUGACCAAGAGUUCAUGUACCGUAUUUUUCGCCCUAUAGGACGCACCGCCCUAUAAGGCGCACCUAGUUUUUUGGGGGGGAAAUAAAGGGAAAAAAAUUAUUUCCCCCCCAGGCGCAGGGCUGGGGCGGGGGAAGCCCGAACUUCCCCCGACCCCAGCCCCCAAACAGGCAGCUCUCUGCUAGCCGUGGGAGCCCUGCGCUGGCUCCCGCUGCUUGCGGAGAGGUCCGCGAAGCCUGGACGCGCUGAGCUCAGCACGCGCAGGCUUCAGUGUGCAGGC